AUGGAUCCUGGGGGGAAAUGUAAGACGAAACUCUUUCUUUUUGGACCCAGACCAGUCACCCACAGCGAUCUGCGGGGUAUCAACAGAUACUUGGUGGUCUAUGUUUUGUUUUACUUUGUGCUGUUCACUCACGCAUCCCCGGCCAAAUCGUGCGACAAGAAUUGUCUCUCUGGUAAAUGUGUCAACGGAUCCUGCAUCUGUGACCGAGGAUGGGUGGGAGACCAGUGUCAGCACUGCCAGGGCAGGUUCAAGUAAGUGGACGAGCAUCCCAUCCUUAACACUUGCUAAUCUUAAUGUGACUAUUUUCUCAUUCCAAAUAUCUGAUCCCUCUUAUAGCUGCUAUUUCACACCAAACAGAACCACAUAAACCAUUAGCUGUGCAUUAGCCCGACUAAUGCAAGGUGAAAGACGUAAAUAAAUGAUCUGAUGAUGGUUAGUUAACAGCUCUAUUUCUGUAUUUCACUAAAAGACGCAACUUUGGUAGACCUGUGGAGCCACAGAAAUGAAGACUUCUCUAUAAAGAGAGGAAACUAAGAAUAUGACCCACAAACGGUAUAAACAAUCACAAGAAUGAAGACGAUCUGGAUCAAAAACUGUUGAUUUCAUCAUAUUUCUUAAUGGAGCCCAAUAUAAAAACGUGUUUAUUGUGUGAAAACAUUUUCCAGAGAGAUUCUGUAGAUGAUAUCAAACGUGGUUUGUCCAGCAAAGUGAUCCCUGAUUCAGUAGUUGAGAAUGUUCUCAGCACUGUUGGCAGAAUAUGGGGCUGACAAUAGCUGACUAGGCUGUUUUUGACUUUAUAUCAUACUGUUCAGCAUAUUUGAAUAAAGUGAUUUCUUGAAGGAAGCAGCGUAGAGUCAACUGGUGGGAAAUUCAGGGGAAAACACCUAUACAGAGAGUAAACCUGGCCAGUAUUUGUUAACCUGUUGGUAGACAGCUCAUCAGGAAAUGAUGUGCCAUGCACGGCUGUCAAUGGCCUGUCUUUGUUUGUAUAUGCGCUUAUGAUGAAGCUCAUUAUCAUUAUCCUUAUUACAUCAGUUAAAUGCUGGCAAGCUAGUACACCUAACAGCUGAAUCUGAAUGGGUUCAGAGGGAUUUUAUUGUGUAGAAGAUGCCACCUGUUGAAAAGACUCUUUAAUUUGUUUUCACGGUCAAACAUUUAAUAAAGUGUCAUCAUGUGGAAGUCUCUAAGAAAGAUCAGCAACAUGCAGUUUAUAGUGCAUGCUCCAGUGAUAAUUUAUUGAGGGAUUUAAUGUAGGAUAUAUCAGCAGUGUGAAACAUUAUAAAUCACAGCUCAUCUGAAAAACAAGUAUUACAAAAAUGUAGUGCAGAAAGCAGUGGUAUUGGAAUUAACUAUUAACUGCAUAGUUAACUAUUGACAUGUUAUUUUUAACAUCAGUUUCCGUCUUAGCUCUUUUCACAGUCUGUGUCUCCACAGCAGUGUCUUUUUUUCAUCCCAGGUAUAAAAUCAAUGAGUUUGGCCGCAAUAUUAGUAAUCCAUGACACCAGGCUCCUUCCUCUGUAUUUGGUACUGCCAACACUCUUGAAAAAGUGCUAGGCUUUAAUAAUGAAUAUUUAUUUUGUGAACAUAAAAGCAGUUGCUCACUGUUCAAAUUAUCCCAAACUCAGUCUUCUGAAUCUGUGAAAGAAUUUUCAAUUGCAUGUUGCUGUUCAGCCAAGAUAAAAUCAAAGUAAAUUAGAAGAGUGUCAAAAAGCAAACAUUAUUUUUAGUACGUAACUGGAGAUUUGGCAUUUGUUUGGUAUUUUUCGUCAAAAAGGCACUGAAACAAUUGAAGUUGCGGAUUAGAUUUUGGUUAGUUGACUUAAUGAUUAUCAAAGAAAUUGCAUGAUCCCUUGUUAAAAAUUUUCUCAGAAGUUGUCACUUCAAGUCUCUUGGCCAGCUGUGAGUAAUUAAUCUAUGUUCACUGGGGAUAUUUGCAUGUAUCACCCACAUUGAUUAUAUGUAUUCUGCCUUCAUGAUUUAGUUUUAUGUCUUUAUUGUUACUACUGCGCAAAAAGAAAGUGACUGAGACAGUAAAGGUGUCAGUGAGGCUCGGAAAUGAUAACGUGUGACCAUGUGGCUUUGAUUUUGAAGUGAACUGUUGCUGAUUCAAAACAAGAUCUUUGAAAUAAGUUCAAUCAGCUGUUGCUAAGUAAUGAAGCUUGUAGUGGCUGUGAGGAAAUAUCUAAAACUGACCGAUUGAGCCGUUACCUUGCAGCUCAUGAGGCGGUAAAAUAAAUGCCUUUUGUUCCUUAAUUGGAGGAAAUGCCUGUUGAUGGGUGAAAGUAGAUGCCAUGACAACCCCCCAAGAGAAGAAACAAUUGUAAAAAGGAAAAGGCAGUGAAACCAGUGAGCCAGGGAUAAAUGUCAAACUGGCUUAUAAUUAUAAUUUUAUCUUGACAGGAGCAUCUAAUUGCCUUUCAGUACACCUGAGGUGCACUCUGUGGUGCAGAAAUGCAUUGUUCAAAUAAUUACCAUUACUCUUGAUGUGUCUUUGGUUUUGUAAUGGUUGUCAUCAGAUGUGUUUUCAGGGAAUAAACUAACUCCCCUCGCCUGGAGGCAAACUACUGAAAUGUGAGAAUUCAGCUCAGAGGAAUAAACAUGAUAUCUAUUCCACAUAACCACCUGCACUUAGCAAGUUGUGGCUUCCCUCAUGACACGUAUGAAAGUCUAAACCAGCAUUACGGAUUAAUUUUCACUAUUUAUAAUGUGCUAUAGUAUGUUUGGCUGCAGUGACGCUCUCCUUAAAGCAGCAUGAAAAAUUCAUCACUCUUGGGUGUCAGCAUAGUGUUAACUCAUCUCCGGCUACAUGCUGCUUUUGUGUUCCAGCAGCAACAUGAAUCUAACUUCAACGGCUGAAACUGAUCUUUACAUUUAAAUACAUCUGUUUAUGCAUCUCAAGUGAAUCCGUCAUGAUGGCUGGACAACUUAAUUGUUACUGCAGCAUUAGCACCGGCAAUAAAAGCACAUUAACAGUCUGGGCCUAUUGCAAUGAGCAUGAGCUAUGUGAUAUACUGUGUAUAGGUAAUGUUUUCUCUCACUCAGCGUUUUACUUGUUGAUUAGAGGCUAGGGUGAAGUGGUUCUGUUUUCAUACCAUUUAGAUGCAGUCAUAUGACUCAAACUGGCUCCCUUCGGUUAAUUGGUGCCAAUUUAGUGGGGACAAUAUUUGGAUUAUUUAGGAGAGACAUGUUGAAAGUAAUGCCUGAUGUUUACUAAGCAAGUGGUUAUAUAGUGUAUUGAAAUCUUAGAAUGAAUCCUCCAUGAUUUUUACCAGCUCCAAAUGAUAACAUUUUUGCCACUGUGUAAACAGUAGGGCUAGGACGAUAUAAUUUUCUCCCGAUUUGAUUUUUCUACAAUUUUUUGGAUAGCGUUUCGAUUUAAAUUGCGAUUCUGUCGAUUUUCUCAAUUUUUAAUCAGCAUUUUUUAUCACCAGUGAAACAGUUGAAUGAUUAUGAUUGUCUACUGACUAUUCUAGGAACCAUAUUUCCCUAAAAAAUACACAUCACAUGUGAGUCAGGUUUUAAGAUUUAUUCUUAAAUUUGGAAAAAAAAAAAUUUUAACAUAAAAAUCAGUUUAAAAAUUGUAAAACAAAAAAUUGUGAUACUUAUGUGAAUCAAGUUUUCUCUCCAACUCCUUGUAAACAGAUAAGAAACAUGCUAGACCUCUUAAAAGGUGCUGAUUUUAUAUGGUCUGAGGGAUGAGGUAUCCCUGGGCAGCGCUCAGCUUCUCAGAGAAAACACACUGUUGCUAUGGUACAUUGAUCAAUCAGAAUCAAGUAUUUUGCAGGGUUUAAAAGGUGAAAAAUUUGAGCAACAGCGGUGCACUCUUAUAUACGUACAUACAGUGUAUUCACAUUUUAUGUAGUUGUUAUGAUUCUGAAAAAUGUAAUCUCACAGCUGAAUAAUAAAUGCUUUUGUUAUGUUGAGAUAUUUUUCAGAGCGCCGUGACCCUCCUCUGCAUAUUUACGAGUUCAUAACCCAUCUUUAGUCCUGUAUCCUCUGAAUUUAAAGCAGCCUUGUUCCAUUUUGUGAACCCAGCUGGUUCGUUUUAGACAUAAGGGACAUAAAAGGGAAUACAAUCCAAAUCCUGGGUCACCCAGACCACCCACGAUAGCCAAGUAUGUAUUUGUGGAUCUUCAGUAGUCAGAUGUAAAAGACUCAGGGCUGCAGUCUCUCUCUUGUGUCACGAGAAAAGAAAGCAAGGCCCGAAUGCGAUAAACAAAUACUAGUUGAUGAUUUAAGUAUUUGCUCCAAAUUCAAUGUCUUAACGUCUUGAGAAAGACUUCUGUCAUUGAUUUUGGUUCAUUUUGAGUGUGAUCACACACAUUUCGUUGGGUCAUAUACCCAUAGCUCUUUCUUCUUGUGAUGUGGGACAGUGAUGAAAGUCCAUUUAUUGUGAUGUGGGGCAGUGAUGAAAGUCUAUUUAAAAGUCGUUUAUCAUCUGUCGACACACGUGGUCUUUUUAUGGUUCGAGUACUUGUUAGAAAUUGUUUCCAGGGUUGGACUUGAAAGAGCUUUGGCAGAGGAACAGCUGAUUGGUUUGUCCAGUGACCUUGGGUUCUUCUUUUUGAGUCAGGGGGAAGUGAAAGCUGUGUGGUGCUCCACAGUUGGGCACCUUUGCCAACAUUUAGAGAAGGAAAUGAGGAAUGACCCUACAGCAGAUCAUGUCAGAUAACAGAAGUUUGUACUGUUGGUGUCUUUUCGUCAGGCUUGUGAAAUAAUAACCUUGUCUCCUACUUUUUAAAAUGUUUUCAUGCUUCCUCAUCAGUUAAAAAAACCUUACAGCCAGCAUUAUUCAAAGUGUCCUCCAUUAGGGCUGGGUGAUAAACCGAAAAUUAACUUAUACAGAAAUUAACAACAAUAACCAAUGUCAUUUUGCCCAUAUCGGUAUAUUCGGUGUCAAAAAAAUAAAUAAAAGUUUGUUUUGGAUGUGUGUGGGUAGGCUAUAGUCUCAUGUCCCUUCAGGAUGCUGUCCUACAUCAGGGACACGACUCCACCCCAUCCAGUCUGUAACAAAGGGGGAAAGCCAGGUGAGGAGAUGGAGGACGGUUCAAAAGUUGUAGCAGCUGGAGCGGAGGCUGAAGUAGACUAAGUUAAUGUGGGAGGGGGUGAGCAGCUUGUGGAGUAGUUAUCGUCCAUAUAUCGUAAUUGAGGUGAACUGCUCAAUAUAGGCCAUAGCCAUCGCCUAGCCCUACUCCUACCUUUUAAAAUGUUGUCAUGCUUCAUCAUCAGUUAAAAAAACCUUGUGUCCUCCAUGUUUUUAUACAAUUAUGAACACCACAGUGUCAACAGGAAGAGGCGAAAUAUGCCGCACUUCUUUAACUUAUUGAUUUGAUUUGAUUUUUGGGAUCAGGUUGUCACUCGCAACACUUCACGCAAAGCUCCUGUGGGAUACUGACCAAUCAAAAUCAAAGUGUUAAAAAACAAGUGUAAGCUUUUUUAAAGAAAAAUGUGGUUGAUCUUUAGUAAGAUUCACUCUGAUUUGAGUUAAGCAAGCAAAAAUAAGUUGAGAUCAAAUUUUAAAAUACAGCUAUUGUGCUUUCAUGCACACAGACCGUACAACCGUCAUUAAGAGACUCAUUUGUUCAAUUACUGAUCUGUUGUUUGACUUCACACUGUAAACACAGGGUAAUGCGUAACUGUUGUGUUUGUAAUGUUUCAGGUUGACGGAGCCCUCAGGAUACCUCACAGACGGUCCAAUCAACUACAAAUAUAAAACAAAGUGCACCUGGCUCAUUGAGGGCUAGUAAGUACUUCUGUCAAUGACUGUGUUCUGCUGAAGCUGAGCACACAGAGCUGAAUUUAAUUACACUGAUUAAAGCUACUCCAUCAGCUGUUCAGCAUCCCUAUUGUACCGUGCACCUAAUGAUAAUUUUGUUUGUCCCUGUGUUUAUCUCUUUUCUGAUUUAAUCUCAAUAUACGUCUUAAUGGAUUGGCCGUGAUAUCUGUAUCUUGCAGUGAUUUUUUUUUUUUCGUAUGUGUCUGGGGAAGUCAUAUGUAAGUAGUUCAAAUAUCAAUUCCUGUACUAAAGCACAGUUUUCUUUCUUCCUGUAGUCCAAAUGCAGUUCUGCGGCUAAGAUUUAACCACUUUGCCACAGAGUGCAGUUGGGACCACAUGUAUGUGUAUGAUGGGGACUCCAUAUACGCUCCUCUGGUCGCUGUUUUUAGGUGAGAAACUCCAAAGUAUUGGUGCAUGACGUAUCAUAUUAAAAUAAUCAUGUAGAAAAGAGUAGUUCUAUUCUUUUCUUGUUAUCUGUACCUCUUUUUAGAAAUACUGUGUAUGUGUAUGGGAAUUGUGGGAUUGUCUCAACAGCUUGUUUUGAACAUGAUCCUAAUGAAUUUUCCGGUCCUCUCUGCAGCGGUCUCAUCGUGAUGGAGAUUCGAGGGAAUGAGACGGUUCCUGAAGUUGAGACGACUUCAGGCUAUGCACUACUACACUUUUUUAGCGAUGCUGCCUAUAACUUAACAGGAUUUGAAAUAUUUUACUCGUAAGUAUGCAGGUCACACAUUUAAACUCAGGCCAAGGUUUCUUUGCAAAUGGAAUUAGUCUUCUGUUCCCAGAGACAAGUUUCAUGUGUUAAAAGUAAAUGAAACUUUAAAUUCAGGCUAGUCAACUGGUUUGAUGGUGAGAAAACAUUCAAAGUUAUUAAUAAGUUAUUUUUAGUUAUUCAAAGUAAAUGCAAUUAAAAUUGUCUGGCUCUGCCUCACAAAGUCCCUGGACCAUUGGAAAGUACCACGCCCUGAGAAGGGGCUCUUCUAUGGGUUAGAUCUUUGACCCUAGAACUAAUCGGAGACCAGAUUCUCACAGAGUUCAUGUGGCAGGUCCCUUGAUCCCGGGGAAAGUUCCUGCAGUUGAAAAGCACCUUUAGUUUGAGAAUCUAAAAAUGUACACAUGUAAAUCAUUAUAUGUCAUAAGAGAAAAAAUCUACUGUAAAGAAAACUACUUGUAAGCAUGUUCUGGUGAGAGUUAAGACUUUAGCCAUUAAGUUUAAUUCCAACCCCUAUAAAGUGGCAGAGAUGCUGCAGGCAGGUAGAGAUAGUGACCUCAAGGCCAGAAAUCUGUCCGAAGUGUGCUGCAAAAACUGCUUCAAUAGCCCUGAUAAAAAUCAGAGGCCAUUCAUUUAUGCCACCAAACCAUGUUAAAUCACCAAAUCCCAUUAUAUAUUACACCACUACUCACUCUAUUUGCGUGUCAGAAUAUGGGGAGUUUGUUUUGAGAUUCUAUUACAGAUCUAUCAUCUACUGUAUCUUGAUGGAUGAUUCCCCAUGUCAGAUAAUGGUCCAGGACUACCUCCAAACAUAUCUACAUAGAUUUCAUUCUAUGUGGUUAAAGGAGGGUGACAAUAUUUCGUUUUUAGGAUGACUAAUCCUGCGCAUUCCUGUUUCUAAGGUUGCAUUUCCAGCCCGCAACCACGUUAAAGCCUCUUUUUGUGUUUUUAUCGAUGUGUGUAAUUUAUCUUACUCACAGUUGAUGAUGGGUUCAAUUCUUCACCCAUAAAUUCAGCACCAGAAAUUCUGGUACAAGUGUUCUGUGCUGGUCUAAACUUACAGCUUCAAUCCAUUUUAAUGAGCCUCUUUUUAUCUCUCUUGUCUUUGCAAAACACAGGAUGAUACUCAUUAAUCUUCCUCAAUGUAAAGCUCUCUCUCUUUGUCAGCCUAAUUUGCACAUACAGUGUUUGCUAAAACUGAACGUCUCCUCUCUGCCUAGGAUCAACUCGUGUCCUAAUAACUGCUCCGGCCAUGGGAAGUGUACACCGGGUAACUCAGCUGCCAGCAGAGUGUACUGUGAAUGUGACAAAUACUGGAAAGGUGAGGCGUGCGACAUCCCGUACUGCAGGAACAACUGCGGCAGCCCUGAUCACGGAUACUGCGACCUCACUGGGGAGAAGCUGUGUGUCUGUAACGACAGCUGGCAAGGUGAGCGCUGCCUGAACCCAACAGGUGUUUGCCGUGGCAUGCUUUAGUUUCUGCUUUCUCACUUAUCAGUGAAACACUGUUUUUAUUUGUCUGUUUUAAUUGUAGAAACCAAAACAAAACACUUACAAACAAAUAAAAACAUUAUUUCCUCACAUUGAAAUCACUAGCAGAUGGGGCGUAACAAACUUUUGUAAUAACAGGUGGUAAAAUGCUGCCACGCCUCCCCUGUUUUCUUAUGUGACCAUUAUGAGGAAAGAUAUAAUGAAGAAUGUGCUGGCAAACAAGUGUGAACAGCUGUGUUGUGUUGUGUCAUAAUGCUGAAUGGUAACAUGUCGAUGCCACCCGUGACAGUGCGUUAUUAUGAGCCUCCAGCUGGAGAGAACCAAACCGCUCCCAUGUGAUGAAACUUGGCAGAGUCAUCAGUAGAGGCACGGUCCUCUUCCCCGCACUCCUUAUUCAGCACAGUUUCACAUUUUCACAUCUCCCUGCCUGUCAUUUCUGUUUAAGGAGUGGUCGGGUUUCUGUUUUAUGUCAGUAAGUUUCAAUGAAGAGGUGUGAAAAAAUGUGCUGUGUGCUGCCGAAUCGUUUCACCCUGAAAGGGAAGUUUGAUGUGGUGAAAAUGGUCCCAUAAGACAGGGCUUGACACUAACUUUUUUCACAAGGAGCACAUGUGCUCCUAAGUUGAAAAAGUAAGGAGCACACAAAGAAUGCUAGGGGCACAAUGAAAAUUUAUCAAAUAAUGUGUGUCUUAUUGGUUGACGUAGGUACUAUUAUUUGAAAUCAAUUUAAGGUCUUUUGGUCACAUGACAUGGAAGCUACUGAAGAAAAUGUUCAAAAUUUGCCUUUAAAUUAAACACACACAUUUUUAGUGGAUAAGUAAGGAAAAUAAAGAGGUGUGUCUUAUUGUCCGACCUUAGUACUAUUAUUUGAAAUCAAUUUUAGGUCAAUUAGUCACAUGACAUGGAAGCUAUGGAAGGAAAACUGCCUUUUUUGAGAUCAUCAACCGGUAAUUUAUUGAUGGUCCCUUAUUCAACACCUAACAGUGACAGCUAGGGUUUCGAGUAGAUUUAACCAUGCUGCUCUUGCUAUUCCCGGUUAUGUCCAUUGGAUAUCCAACCUAAAACUAACUUCGCUGAUGUUUAGAUUUAACUGCGCUGUGGUUGCUAUUCCCAGUUAUGGAGAGUGAGAAGACACUGAUAGAUCUGCUGUGAAUGUCCAUUGAAUAUCCAACCUAAAACUAACUUCACCGCAGCAUUUACAUGAAAAAAACAUUUGUCUCCUUUGCUGAUUUUUUUUUUAUGUGAACAUGUGCCCUUAAAUACAUUUUACAAUUCACACAAAUCUAUUUUUAGUUGCAAAUGCAAGUGAAACUGUCGCACUGUUGAGCCCUGCCCUAAGAUCUUAGAGCAACAUCUUUCAUCCUCAACAUCUAAAAUCUUUUGCUCUCCUUUCACCUCAUAGGCCCGGACUGCGCUCUUACUGUCCCUUCAACGGAGUCCUUCUGGGUCCUACCGAGUGUCAAACCCUUUGGCACAUCGCUUGCCAGAGCCUCUCAUAAGACAGUAGUGCAGGAGAAGGUCAUGUGGGUGGUGGGUGGAUACACCUUCAACUACAGCUCCUUUCAGAUGAUUCUCAAGUAAGUCACAGAGCAACAGACUGAUUUUGCUGGCGGAAAAGCGUAUCACUGUUUGUGUGGUAAUUGUCCAAAAAUCCUGAUAGUAAGAGGUUUUCUGAUAUGAAACUAUUGAAAGAGGAAGCACAAAAAUGCUUAGCUGACCAUCACUGAAUAAGACAAUCAAACAGGGAUUAAGCCCAUUAGUCACUCAUGAGAGCUCUUACAUCUGCAGUGUUAUGCACUGGCUGAUCUCUAUUUAGUAGAAUAUGAGCUUGGGCAUCUGAAUUUUCUGCAUGGGAAGAGUUCUGGUCUGCAUUUGUUGUACAUCUGAUGUCUGAGUAGAACUGGCCGAUGAUAUAUUUGGUAUUUUUACAAAUCUGAAUCAUGAUGUUUCAAUUUUGGCAAAAUUUACACUAUUUAUGUAUAACAAAUGAGAAAACAGGUUUCUAUUUUGGGCUCAUGCCACCAAAGAAAGACAGAAUGAAGCUUCUUAGUAACUAUUUGCUGUGAGGCUGGGAAAUGAAUAACUUGGUGCUACCCUGCAGGAUGUAACAGACCAAAAAAAGCUGCAUGCCUUGGUGGAAGAAGUCUUAGCUCUGGCACUAACCAUCAGCCACACUUGAAUAACUAUCUGGCAAUCUUAGACAACGAUUGCUGUUUUUUUUCCAAGAUUGUAAACUGGAUUUGAGUUCAUCUCAGUGCGGUGUGAAGCAUAUUAGACCUCUGUCCUCUCUGCUCUCUGUCAGAGUUAAUAACAAACAGUGGCUGUUGCUCAACCAAGAAUAAACUAACAAACUCAGAAACUUCUUAAAUAAGUGCAGAUGAGAAGAUGGCAAACAGAUGAGAUCUUCAAGAAAGGGAAGCAGGUGUUAAAUUGGUCGUGUCAUGAUCAGAUCGUGGAUGAUAUUGAAGAAAUAUGAUUUUUGGCUCGAUUGAAUGCAUGUGGUGUACUAAACUUCCAGGUUUACAAAUUAACUAUUGUAAGUGAAACAUCUGCACUCUUUUAUCCAGAAGGCAAUGAAUAUGUUCUCUGUUUGUCAUUUUCAUACUGAUUCAUGUUCUGCUGCUUUGCUCUGCAGCUACAACCUUGAGAGCGGCAUUUGGAACACAGUUCCCAUCAACAGUGGACCUGUGCCAAGAUACGGACACUCACUCGCUGCCUACCAGGUAAACACAGAUAUACCUUUACCUCCCUGGGUACCCGGAAACUUAAAAACACGACUGUUAGCAGAAGGGUGGGAGGCAUACAUAAAAAUAAAGCUGUUAAAGUCACCCACACAGAAAGGAAACCGUGGAAAGAAAAGUGCAGAUUUUCCAUGUAAACAUGGGUGAUUUAAUAGAACUUUAUGUUGUAACGUGUCUUAAUAUAAAAGAGAGAGAAAAUGUUUUCUCUCUCAUGACCAUUUAUGAAUAACCACCAGCAAAAAGCUACUAUAAGUCUGCAGUACCUCUCCUUUUAGUACUCUAUAAACUGUUAAGUUAGGAAAUGAAUGUUUUAGCACCCUCAUAUUUCUCUUUUCACUUUUACUACAGUGUGUAGAAGCUUCUCAGCACGCUUGCUGAAACACUGCCGAGUUCUCUAACAAAGCUAAACUUCCAGUAAAUCUCUUCUCUCCCUCUCAGGAUGAUAUCUUUAUGUUCGGUGGAAAACUGGAGGCUGGCUGGGCGAAUGUGACGGACGAGCUGUGGGCGUUCAAUGUACCCAGCAGGACGUGGCAGCGGAGAAACCCUGCGGUUGGCCCACCGGCUCAGGCUCAGAUUUAUGCUGUGGAGGGUCACUCAGCCCACUGUGUCCUGUUAGAUGGGGGCGAGGCGGUCAUGCUGGUUAUCUUCGGCUACUCCCCCAUCUACAGCUACGUUAGCAACGUUCAGGAGUACAACUUGAGUGAGUCACUUGAAGAGCCCACAGAUAACAUUUUAAACUCACUUACUGUAUCGUGUUCAUUGUGGGAUGAAGAAGAGCUGGCUGUGCAAACAGAAUAAAAGAUUCAAAUAAAGUUAGUGUAGAACUUAAGGGAGAAAAAUGAUAUAAGAAAGUUUUUUGGUUGACAUUGAGCCUCAGUACUCUUACCUCUUUAUUACUUGGGUGCCUUUAGGCUGCAUGAUAGUCAGUUCCUGGAUGCUCACUAACAGAUUAGAGCUUUCAGUAUACCAGUUUAAGAUAUAAAGUAUAAAAUGCUUUUUAAAGCAAAAGCUCAAACUUUUUUUUUUGUGUCCCAUUCACACAAUCCUGUCAUUUCACUUUGAAGGACACACUAAAUUGUCAAAUAGAGUCAAUAGCAAAGCUUUUUAUUUGACUCUUUCUGAAAAAAGAUGGUCAUAAAUCACUUGAGGUGCAGGUUUGAUAUUUUGUUACCUGAAUAGAACCAGGCUAUGGGUGAUAGUUCUCUUGUCCUGUUCUGCGCCUGCUUCUAUAUACAGUUGUCCUGGCUUCUGUGUGCAAAUUUAAGACCUGUUUACUGAAAAUAAGAUCAUUUCAUGACAGGACUGACCCUCCCGAUUAGUUAAAUACCUGGAAACAUCCCUCAAUGUGACAAAAAAAACCAUAUCCAUAGAUAAUGUAGGCUUUAGGUAGGGCUUGGUGAUUAACUGAAAAUUUACUGAUUCCGAAAUUUAUGACCAUAACCGACAUCAUUUUGCCCAUGUCAGUAUAUUCGUUGUCAAAAAAACAAAUAAAUAAAAGUUGGUUUUGGAAGUGUGUAGGCAGGCUAUGGUCUCAUGUCCCUUUAAGAUGCUGUCCUACAUCUGAGACGUGACUCCAAGUUGUAGUGGCUGGAGCGGCAGCUGAAGUAGACAAAGUUAAUGUAGGAGGGGGUGAGCAGCUUGUGGAGUAGUUAUCGUCCAUUUAUUGUUAUCGAGGUGAACUGCUCAAAAUAUUGUGAUAUUGAUUUGAGGCCAUAUUGCCCAACCCUAGCUUGAGAAACAUAGUUCUUAUCAAUUAAACCCUAUCAAGUAACUGAAUGUGUCUUCUUCCCUGACUAUUGUCCCUUUUUUCUCUGUUUGCAAGAUUGUUUUUACACCUGAACUCGAAUUAAGGAUCAGUUUUUGUUGUAAACUAGACUGUUCUCUAAAAGACUAACCCCUGUAACCGGCCUUGUAUAUGGUACGAGAAACAGUUUUAUAAGUUUGAACCGUAAAUAAUCUGUAUGGCACUUAUUUUGGGUCAGACUUAGAAAGAAGGAUUGCGCUCACAGCAGCAACUUGUGCAGCCAACAUGACCCCAGUCUAUAACGGACUGUACUGACAGAGUUUUGGUUCAAAUGGAAAUAGCUGCCUGAGUAUACAAAUGCUUUGAAUUGGUUAUGUCAUUGAAAAACCUACCAGAAAAACUCCCAAAACACCAGAUUUCACAGCAGAGUUUUUGGAUAGUAGAAGUAAGGCAUUGUAGUUUUGAUUCUGUUAUCAGGGAGAUGUGACAGUUUGAAAAUGUGAAGAUAAAAGCUUUGAAAUUCCUGUGAGGUGCACUAAGUGGUCAGAGUUUUGAAGAUGAAAAGCCCAGCUUCCUUGCUAUGCUUCUAGCAUCUGAAAAUGAUACCUAUUAGAUUCUUGGUGUUUGUCUUGAUAAGAAUAGGUCCUCUGGAUUAAAAGCUUCCUGUGUGUUUGUGUGUGUGUCCCCUGCCAGAGUCCAAUUUGUGGUUGGUGCCUGAGACCAAAGGAGCUGUUCCUCAGGGUGGUUACGGCCACAGCAGCACGUAUGAUGCUGCAAGUGGGAGUGUGUAUGUUCACGGAGGUUACAAAGCGCUGCCUGCUAACAAAUACGGCCUUGUCGAUGACCUCUACCGCUAUGACGUGAACACUCGGACAUGGUAAACACACAUUUGCUGCUUUUCUAUUAAGGUCAAAGUAGUCUCUAUGACACGGCUUGUGAAAUGUGUCCUAAGCACACCUGUCCUGUCCUGUCAUGUCCUGUUCGUUUAGGUUCAUUAUGAGAGAGAGCGGGUAUCCACGUUACCUUCACUCAGCUGUGCUCCUCAGUGGCACUCUACUCAUCUUUGGCGGCAACACGCAUAAUGACACAUCACUCAGCAACGGGGCCAAGUGUUUUUCUGCUGAUUUUCUUGCGUAUGACAUUGGUAAGAUUUAUGAUCCAUCUUACCAUAAUCUGAAAGUUUCUUCUUCUCUGACUUCUUUAGUCGUUGAUUUGUAUUUGUAACGAUGCAGUCCUGUUUAUUUCGUAUUGCCCUAAACCAGUGUUUCAAUAAAUGUUAUUGAAGUGCUUCAUCAACUGUGCAGAAAGAGAAAGAAAUGAACAUAGAUUUACAGACAGAUCUGUCCCCUUGAGUUGACUUUCUUAUGGUUAUGCCUGUAUGAUAUCGAAACACAUCUUUUCAUAUGCUCUUGUGCUUUCUUUAGCUUGUGAUGAGUGGACGCUGCUCCCUAAGCCAGACCUGCACCGGGAUGUGAACCGCUUCGGUCACUCUGCCGUGGUCAGCAAUGGGUGAGUCUCAUGGAAAAACAAAGGGCACACGACACAUAUUUAAAAAAAAAAAAAGAAGUCAAUUCUGAGGCAUUAAGCUUUGAUUCGGCUCCCUGUGACUGUCGCUCAAAUCAAUAACAAAAUAGUUUUUUAUAAGGAUUGAAGUAUCAGUAUUUACCAUUGAUAAAUGAAAAAAACAUUGGUAUAAUAGUUACCAGGCUGUCUGUCUCAGUUAAAACAUCCUUAUGGAGCCUCUCUGGGAACCUUUAAGAAUUUCAGCUGGACGAUGGUGCCGGUAACGAGAAUACCUUCAAACCAUUUUCCAGUAACAUUCUCAAAUACUCUCCUGUGUCUUGGAAGUGGUUGCUUUGAAGACCAGGAUAAAAUGUUGUCUUACUGUUUGUAUUUGUUAGUUGGUCUCUUUGGGCUCCUUCAAAAAAUUCCCCUAGAACACCCUAUUUCUAAGCUGCGUACUUGUCUUGAAAUUUUCUCUUUGAUAAAAAUUAUUUCAUCAUCAGUUACAAACCCAUCAGAUUUCUCCUUCUUUUAAUCUUCAUUGUUUUCGCUUCACUUUCCCUUUUCUUUUCCAGGUCUAUGUAUGUGUUUGGGGGCUUCUCUGGCAUGCUGCUCAACGAUGUGCUUGUCUACCGACCCCCCAGCUGCCAUGCUUUCUUGGCAGAGGAGGGGUGUGUGAAAGCUGGGCCAGGGGUCCGUUGCAUCUGGAGCGGCGGUCGCUGUCUCCCUUGGGAACCAAGCAUGGCUAAUGGAAGCCUCAACCCAGCCCCUUUCUGCCCCCCCAAAGCUGGUUAGACAAACACACUCCCCUCUUAUACUUUUGCUUUUAUUUACUGUCGUCUUCUCCUUUCUCAAUCUGCUGAAUAAUUUCUUUCAGUCUCUAAAUAAAUGAGUAUUCUCUAUGUUUUAUUCAGUCACCGUGGAUGAGCGGUGUUACCGGUUUUCAGACUGCGCCAGCUGUACAGCCAACACCAAUGGGUGCCAGUGGUGUGAUGACAAGAAGUGCAUCUCUGCCUCCAGUAACUGCACUUCUGUAAGUGGUCCAACAGGGGGAGCCAGAGCACUUUGAGUCUAGUGUUCACUCACACAGACGCACCUUUUUCUUGAGGAAUUGACUGCUUUUUGUACAAAAAACAGAUUUUUCCCUUUUAGUGAAUUCCUUGUUUGAAAACUUUGCUCUGAAGUGUACAUGAAGCCUCUUUCUGUAUUUUUCAAAUUUGCUUUUCUCUCGCUGUAGAACGUGAGGAACUUCACUGAGUGCCCGGUGAGGAACGAGCAGGUGUGCAGCAAGCUGGCGAACUGUAAGAGCUGCUCCCUGAAUCUCAACUGUCACUGGGACCAGAACCAGUCAGAGUGCCACGCUUUACCCGGUGAGAGAGACAUCACAUCCCCCGCAGACACAUUUCCGUACACACCAACACACAUCACCUUAUUGCAGGUGUCAGAAUCUGAUUUUCAAACCUAAAGGGAGUAUUUAAGGUGACUCCCUCACAGGGUGUCUAUGAUGUACUCUUCAUCUGAUUUUAAACACACCAUCUGGUAUUUGCAGAGAUGUUCUUUCAAGAUGUCACCCUGAUGUUGUUUAUCAGAUCUGACAGUAUAUUUACUUUGCCUCUCCCUCCACCCUCUCCAUUCCUCUCUCUCUCUCUCUUCGUCUCUCCCUCUCUGUCUGUCUGUCUCUCAAAUGUGAACUCUGGCUGAAUCUGAAGAAUUGGUGCUGUCACUUUACCCAUGGUUUUCACUUCAUGAAACCUUGUCUCCUAAAGGCUUGUAGCAGCAGAGGGAACUGCAGAUCAUAUGUGUGUGUGUGUCUGAUGCCCUGGAGGGAGCUGAAGCAUAAUACAUUAACACACACAUGCGCACACACAACACAUGCGAUCAGAAAUAUGUGUCUUCAUGCAGACACAAGCACCUCUACGUGUACUUGUUGUGUUCAUUCCUCCCCAUAAACUCACACCAUCUCCUCGAAGCAGAUGAUAGCAGCAGCCACCAAAUCUGUUUGCUGUGAUACACAUACGAACAAACGAACACAGAGACACGUGCUAAAUCCUCAGUUUUAGGUCUGCUGGGUUUGCUGCUGGCUGUCUUUUUCUCAUGAAUAUUAUCCUCCUCUGCUGAGCAGCAUUUAACCAAUGCUCUUGUUUAAUGGGGCUUAAGUUUAUAUCUUUAAAGAAGUGUAUAAUGGUGGUAAAACCAACAUGACAAAAUGCGUAAACCUAUUAAGAAUUAUCACUCUAGUCUGUUGCUCCCCUUGGCUUUAAAGUGUGUCCCAGCUUAAUGUUUAGCUGUCAGGUUAAUUACUGUUUAUGUUACUCCUCUGGCUACCCUCCCAGGGGCAUCAUUUUAUCCACAGCAAAGGAAUUCUCCAUGUUGUUUGAAAUUUUUAUUUUAGGAUAUCACAAUUUUUUUUAACAGUAACAGCACUUGUUUAUACAUAGGUCAAAUCUAACAAACAAGUAUAGUGAAAUAGAUAGAAAAGCUGCACACUGACACAAGUUAAAUAAUGAUAACGCUAAUAAAAACAACAUUAAUCAUGUUUACAGAAUAAUAAAAAAUGUCAGUGCAAUGAAAACUGCACCAUACAAAUAAGUCAUGUGCCAGUCUAACUGAACCGCACUGAGCUGAAUUUCUCAAAGCUGGACUUUUAUACCUUGAUAGUUUGGAGGAUCAAUUUUUCCUGUGAAAGUAUACACUUUGAUCAGACCAAAACUAGGGUUCUACAUAUUUUACACUGUUCACAUGUUGGACUUUGACCGGGAAGUUUGCAAACAGAGCUGCAAGCAGGGGACCGAAAAAAACCCUCAAAAAAGAAGAUGAAAGGAGAUAUGAAGUAAACAGUAAUAGUAAUCGUAUAAAACUGUACCAUAUGGUAUUGAUCGUAUUGUAUCGUAUCACACCAUAUCAUAUUGAUCAUAUCAUUUGUAUCACACCGUAUCGUAUUGAUCGUAUCGUAUCCUGGGUUAAGGGCAGUAGUCUAAUUAAAUCACCUUCCUGUAGCUUUAUAUUUAAUUGUGCGUGCAAAUGUACUGAUUGUCCCUUUAAAUUAUUCUUUGGGUUCCUUUCAGAGUAAAUGCUGUGGUAAGAAAAUGGUUUGACUCCGUUUCUAUCCCAAGGUCAGAAAAUCAGUCAAAAAGCUUACGUUUUUGGACACCAAAUGUUGCCAAUGAUUGUUCAAACAUAGUAAAUAUGUUACCAAUAAACAGGGAUCUCCCUGCAACCGACCUGGACCUGAGCUGGAAUCUGACUGUGCAUGAAAAUGAUUACAAAAAACAAGUAGUAAUCCACUGUGGACUGAAAUGACCUUACUGUGGUGUUAUUGUGAGUGAACUACGAGUUUCCCCCAUAGCUUCUUCAGGUCCACCCAUCACAAUCAAGCAGGCAUUCACAGCAGUGAUAAAUACACAUGUUCGAGUGACCAAUCAAGUGACAUGUAACAGAGUUCAUGGCAUGUGUCAAACCAUCAUUGUAUGGCUGAGACUGUUUCUACUUUUACAAAGAAUAUUUUUUAAGGCAUACUGAAAGAAGUGAUAAUAGAGAGAACCAAAUGGACUCAAUAAAGCACAGGACCCAAGCUGUUGUUAUUUGUAUUUCCCUACAGGUAAAUUUGACUCUUAAGGAGAGAUGAGUCACCAAACCCUGCUGCACCUGCCCCUUCCCAAUUAGCAACAUAGGGACAGUUGCAGAAGCAAUAUUCUGUUUAUUCUCUGUAGUACACUUCCUCUCAGCUAGCCACUAGGAGAAUUUCUUCUUGGUCUAAAUUAGUGUUUUUGUUCUUGUUCUCACAGUAAACUUAUUUCAGUGUGCAGCGGUUUAUUUCUUGUUUUUUUUAUAAUAAGUAUAUUAUCUAUAUAAUGAUCAGACCAGGUUUGGUGAGCUCCAUUGGCUGUAGGUGGGUAAAAAACGAAGAGUUUUCAGGAUAGAGGUGGAAGAAGUCAUCUGAAACCCAAAGUGACGCCUUAAUUGAUUCCAAACUUUUAAUGGUGAUUCAACACACAUGCUGCACGAGUAUGGGCCUGUGAUGGGGGAGCCAGCAAGAGGAGACAUGGAUGCCAGUGCAGCUGAUGCCACCUCUUUCUGAAGCCAAAUGGAAAAUAUCUCAGCUUGUUUUGCAAAUAGAGCUCAAUAAUCUUGGGAUUAGGCGCCCUGGGGAGCCGUUUCCAAUGAGGAGCCUUAAAAGCCACUGUACUCUAAGUGAUCAGCACCUAACACCAGAAAAACAAGUUAAAGAUAGUGGAUCCGGAUGCCAGCUAUUUCCCUCUCGCCAAAAAAACCAAGACUUUGAUCAACCAGCUUUGCAGACAUACUUAUUAAAAAUGAUUUUGUUCUGCAGUUUCUUAAUUUGUAAUCAGGCAACUGUUGACUAUCAAGUUCACCAUAUCAAUUAAAUCAGAGCUUUAUGUCAGCUCCCAAGUGGCUGAAAAAUCAAUUAUUGCAAGUUUAAUGAUUUAAUUUUCUGAUAAUAAGGAACAUCUGUCUGACUUUGUGAGUUAUGAUUGAGGUUAAACUAUCAAUCAGCUGAGUAAUAAACUUUAACGACUGGCUGUAGCUUUUUGUGAAUGAAUGAGCAAACACUCUUGAAUGAUAUCCUCAGACUUGACACAAAUUACUUACCUUAUCUUGACUUUUUUUUUUUCCAUACUCAGAGUCCACACAUUUUUCCUAGAGUCAAGGCAUGUUCUGCAUUUUUGCUCACUCACUCCUCUUUCUGUCACCUCACAGCUCAGCAGUGCAGUGAGGGCUGGAGCCAGGUCGGGGAGGCCUGCCUAAGGAUCAACUCCAGCCGGGAGAGCUACGACAAUGCCCAACACUACUGCAAGAACCUCAACGGAAACAUUGCCUCGCUCACAACCUCUAAACAAGUAGACUUUGUGCUGGAGGAGCUGAAGAAGCUGCAGCAACACGACAAGGUACAUAAAAACAAAGUCAGUUUAUCAAACAACUCGGCUGAUAUGUGUGAAAAACCAGAGGAAAAUGAUUGACAGACGCCAGAUGGGAAGGAAGUUGGUCGGAGUUUCUCCUGAUCAAUUUCUCACACGUGGGUAUUAUUUGGUUUUUUGUCUGAUUGCGGCCCUCUUUUUAGCGUGUGUAAUUUUGUCUUCCAACUGUUUCUCAUCAAAUUGUUUCCCACUUGGCAGCGCCACAAACAGCACGGUUUGUCUCUGACUACACCGCAGUUCCAAGUCGAAAAACAAUGCCAGGCGUCAGUGUCUGAGAAAGUGCGCCCGAUGAAUCAGCCUGUGAUAAUCACGCUUCACUUAGUUUUGUUUUCGCCUUGUUUGAUUCAUUUGAUCUCUUGUAACACAGUCACAGAUUCUUCGCUCUCAUUUCAUUUAACAAACCAGGGCCAGACGACAGGCUGUCUGUAGGAACAAUCAGAGGCACUUAGAGAAUCGAAGGCUCUGGCUGCUGCUGAGUCUGGUUGGCUUGUAGUUUUCUCUUUGUUUUGGGAACAUUUCAGUUCCUUGCAUUUAAAGAGUAUGUGCGUAAAUAAUUAGAUCUAUGCUAAAUAAAUAAACAUCACUAGAUUUAAGGAGUUCUUUGUUGCAAAAUCAAACAAAUGACUCAGAGGAAAUUCACUAAGACUGGAUUGUGGACCCUCAUAUCAACAAACAUUCUCACAGAGUUUUACAGGUUGCUUCUGUUUUUCUCUGAUUGUAGAGAUGAAACGUCAACAUCUUCACUCUCUGCUGCCCAGUGCUUCAUCACUUCAAGCUCUCAGAUCAACCCAGAUCUACAAGGCUUAAUAUGAGCAUCUAAUUUGUGAAUAUUGAGGUUGAUUCUUGAUAAAUUUAAUUUAAAUUUCACAUUUUAUAAAUGCCUCCUCUCUGGAGCAAGUCAGAUAAAGGUUUAAUAAAAGCAAUGUGCACUGUUCUGCAGUGACAGCAAAACAGAGCAAAAAUUAAAAUCAGAUUAUGAAUCAAAAUCUGGGUUUUCAUGUACUAGGAAUGAAUAAGUAUUGGUGUUUUUGAUGCAAUUACAGUCAAAAAAAUAUAGCUGUGGUGUAUAAUUUGUCCACGUUGCUCAGAGCCUCUUCUUCUUUAAUGAAAACUAUAUGCAAACACUCACCUGCUUAUCUGGUUGCAGCCACAAACCCUUUUUGCGUCGACAGAAAAUUGUGGAACCUAUUGAUGAGUCUGUGUCUGUUGUUUUCAUAAUAACAUCAUUUGAACUUAGUCCGCCCGGCUGAAACUGGUGUUUGUUUCCCGUUAUGCUGUUUGGCGUCAUUUUCCUGAAGGCAAAUAACUCAUCACACCUGUGAAAUUAUGUUUAGUGGGAGUUUAAUGGCAUCUAAUCUUAUAUUUUCACUCUUUCCUCAGCGGCUAUCUCCCUGGGUGGGUCUGAGGAAAAUCAACGUAUCGUACUGGGGUUGGGAAGACACAACCCCCUUCACCAACAGUAGCCUGCGCUGGCUGCCUGGCGAGCCCAGUGACUCCGGUUUCUGCGCAUACCUAGAGGAGCCUCAGGUGUCGGGCCUCAGGGCCAAUCCAUGCACAGCAACUGCUCAUGGCCUCAUCUGUGAGAAAACAGCUGGUGAGAGACACUUGUCCUUCUACAUUGUACGUUUAAAAAAAAAUGUAAGGAAGAAAAAAAUUGAUCUUCCUUUUUUUUUCUAAAGGAAACCCAAACCAGAGCACCCGUCCCUCCUGUAAGAAGCCAUGCUCGCUGCACACCAACUGUGCAAACUGCACCAGUCAAGCCACUGAGUGCAUGUGGUGUGGCAGCGCUCAGCGCUGUGUCGACUCUACUGCCUAUGUCAUCUCAUUUCCUUACGGCCAGUGUCUGGAGUGGCAGACAGGAGAGUGUUUGGGUAAGUGUUUCUAACUGAACUCAAUCCAAAUAAAGCUGUUCUGUUUAUAUAGUUUGGCAUUAAGGUGGUUGGCAUUAAGCUCUUGCAGAUUGGCUUCUGUAAAGAGUCAAUAUUAAUCACUGAGAGACAGGGGGAGAGGGUAAACAACUUCAAGUGGAAGGUGUUUGUGUUGGAGGGAAAAUAGUAUUAGUUUACUGUGAUUGGCUUUCAAAGGUGGCUUUGGUUUGUAACGGUCAAUUACUCUUGCAUAUAGUCGACCCAACUGUUAGAUUUCCCCACCGACCGGGCUGCAGAUGGAGUUUUUGCUGUAGGCUGGCUUGACAGUUUAAAGGUGCAUCACAUUAAAGAACUGUUACUGAUAAGCUUUCUAAGUUUACUCUGAUUGAGAGGACAAAGAUUCUGCAGUCUUGUGAAAUUUGUUGUCUUAGCUCAAAGGCGUGAUAACUUCUGAAUCAGAUAAGUUGGAAUUAAUACAAACAGUACCUAUUUUCUUUGUAAGUAAACAGUUCAGUGAAUUUUUUGUCGUGCCAACUUGUUUUCCAUAACAUAAAUACUUCUUACGACAAAGAAAACAUGGUCCAGAUUAUAUGAUGAUAUGAUACAGUUCCUUAAAAGUGAAGCCAAAACAUUUGGGGCUCCCCUGACUGAAUGCCUGAGCUCAAGGUCACGAAGCCUGCCUCCUCUAUACCGACUGACUGGACAGACCUGGUUUUAAUUAGUUUGAGCCAUUAAUACAAUGUAUCUUUAUACUUAAUGAUCCUUCUGUUGAUGUUUUUCACUCAGCUCUGUGUCUUGCAUAACAAUGAAACUGCAGGACCGAGUCAGUCUAAAUGAAAACCGAAGAUUUAAUGAAGUACUUGACGGGAGCAGUCUUAACUGCUGUCGUGUACAGAGACUCAUCAGGUCCAGUCUGUGCCUGAAAGAGACCGCCAUCUUUGUUUUGGUCUGUUGACCAAUCAGUUACUUGUCAGCUUACCUGUAAAGAUCCAGGCAGAAGUCAGCCAGGCUGUGUCUCAUUAGAGCGGGAGAGGUAAUAAAGGUUUACCACACAGAACCCUUCAGAAGAGCUGAUGGAAUCGAUUAAGAAUUAGACUAAUAAUCAAAAUCAAUAAUGGCAUUGGUAUUGAUAAAUUCUUAUUGAUCCCUUCACCCCUGUGUUGAAGGUUCUGUAUAGUGAUUUCUCCUCCACAGUGGUAAGCUGAUAAAAGAGCUGCUUCCCCCUGAAGGCUGGUGUACUUGUUAAAGUUUGUGUUUUUGUGCAGCCUGAUGUAUGAUUUACACUCACGGUGGUGUCAGAUCGUAAAUAUAUCUCCUAUCAGUUUAUACGAGUAACAAAAUUGAGGUAGCUGAAGGGUGAAGGCUCAAAUUCAUUAGUGUCAGCUGGUGUUAGGUAACCCAGAAGUUUGUGUCUAUGCUGAUGUUUGUCCUGAGGAGUUUGUAGCUUUCAGUGUGAAGGACAGGGAAGUCUAUUCUACAAAGUCGGUUCUCCCUGUUUGUUGGGUCUGACUUCGCACCUUCACUUUCCCCUUUAAAGUUUCCCUCACCACUUAACUUCUGAAUUAUCUCACCUUUCUAACUUCAUUCCUCCUCACUUACAGUGUUAGGAGAGGCACGCUUUAUGCUUAACACACUGCAUAAAUGCACUUUAAGCAGUAGACCCAAGUUAUAAUGCUGUGGAGUAUCAUCGCCUGCAGGGAGGCUUUGAAAGGGCAGACUGUGUUAGUAUUUGUUGCUCUCAGUAAAGAGUGGUCUUAUGUUGCAGAUCAAAGUCUGGAGGAGAAGGAAGGAGUGUUGAGAGAUGGUGGGAAGUAAUUAUUCCUGCCUUUCAACAGCAAUUAAAAUGAUAUCUACCUCACCAUGUAAUCAGAAUACCUCUAUGUAGCUGUAUUUUAGCAGACAGAACACAUUAACGUCACUCCCUGCAGUAAAGCUGUCCUCUAAAGUUCCAGGCAUGUUUUCAAAGCUGGAAUUUGAGAUAGUGAUGAUGAAUUGUUCUUGUAGUUGCCUCUAGUUAGUCACUGAUUUUUUAAAGCAAAUUUACCAAACAUUUGUUGAAUUCAAAUUACACAGAUUUAGUUCUUUUUGUGUGUUUUUUUCCUUCUAUCCUCAAGUCAGAAUAUUCUCAUGUAGGUCUUUUAUUUGCAGAAAAUGCGAAGUAGUUAGGAAAAGAAGAAAGAUGCCAUGCAGGGUUUCCCCUACAUGCAAUUGACCGCAACACCUUAAAAUUAGCUUUUUUUUUAAACGUGGCUCCUCCUCGGACUCAAGAUGUAUCAAUAGUAUAUAUUAUAGUGUUCCGCACCGCGGAUCGCAUGGAACGAUCGUUGGCAUUAGCAAGUUAUCAUUGGCGCUUACACAGCGGAUAAAUUAGCGAGUCUUUGUCAGUAAUCUUACUUUUGUGCAACCCCCCCCAACACACACACACACAUACACACACGCACGCACGCACGCACGCACGCACGCACGCACGCACGCACGCACACACACACUGUUUUCCAGACCCCAAAUCAUGCAAAGGACAAGAACAUCAAUGUUAAAUCAUUAUAACACUGCUAUUACUCUUACAUUGUCACAUUAUUUUUAGGAUACAAUACACCAAUAUGAUGCAGCUCUAUUUUGCUUUGAUACCACAUGAUCAUUUUGAAUGCAGCUUUUUAGACAUGACAGCCCUGUGUUUUUACUUUAUUUACUGUUUUUGAUGAUGUUUUAAAACAGAUGUAACCAUUAGAAAUAGUGAAAAAUAAUUAUUUUGUACCAAUACAGUCAAAAAGUUCAGGAGCAGAUGGAGAAAAGCUGUAUUGUAACAUGUAAUCAUAAUCGUGAAAAGAGUAAAAUAAAUAGAGCAGCUUUUUACCGUGAGAGUCACAAAAGUUCUCAUAGAUCCAAAGGGACAUUUUGCCAUCUGUUGAACACAGGUUGCAAAGGAAAAAUGUCAAGACACAGAAAAAUCUGUUUCUUGUUUAAGUUGCUCUCAGAUAUUGAAGUGGUGCACUUGUCACUUUGAUCAAUAAUCUUUGUAACCUCUGCGAGAUCCUGAAAGAACAUUUUGUAAACAGCGAGAACCCUGCAGAAACAGACUUUGACUACUGAAACUUCUACUACAAAAUCCAUCUUCUUAAGUCUGACCUCAAAUGUCAGGUCUUACUGAUGUCAUCUGUGAUUGAAUAUUGAUGUUAUAUUUGUGUAAACAUUCCUGGCCUGAGAUUUAGGGCAAGGAACUCAGGCUAUCUUAGCUUUGCUGAUGAAAACUGUUUAAAAUGGAUGAAGCAGGGCUUGUUUUUCUGUGCAGACCCAGUAUAUAACAGCUCUAGGCAUUAGAUUUAGUUGUUCAUUUUCACAAAUAUUGAUUUGCUGUCAAAAUCCCAGAGACAGAUGAUUUAGUUUUCGUGGCAGAUUUUUUAUUACGCCUUUCUUUGUGCUACAGCGAGACAAAAGUCUUCAUCCAGCUGCUUCUCUUCCAGAACGUAAUGUUCCUGUGAAAUCUGCCACUUACGGCCUGUCGUCACAACAAACUUAAAUGGCCUUACUUUGUGCUGAUUGCCCUGGCGUUGUCAUGGCUUCACAUCCAUUAGCAGAAUGGCUGGAGAUUUGUUUGACAUAAAGUGAGGUAAAAGCACUCAAUGUUUGUCUCCUUAAAAUAGUAGUGGCAUUCUUCUCCCCACCUCCCCGCCCUCUCCAAGUGUCAGGCAAGUGGUGAUGCUGAAACUUGUCAAGCAAUUUAGUGAUCCUGAAAGUUUGUCCCACACGUACAAAACUGCAUCGCUCCCUCGGGUUUCUGAAUUUAGAGUGUGAUGCCAAUUCACCCUCCACAUUUUAAGCCUCUUAUUGACCCUCACCAACUUAUUUUUUUGCGGCUCUGGUUUUCUGACAAGAUUUCUGUUUCAUUCUGUGGCUUUUUCCAUCUCAAUCACCCGCUCAACACCUGCUUCUUAACUGCUCUCAAACCUUUUGUUCUGACAGCUCACCAGAUGACUAGUUUGUGUUUCAGUGCAAAGCACAUAAAUGCUACUUGCCCUGCAGGUAGUGUUGAAAAAUGCCUUUGAAAUAAAAUCCUCAGAGCAGCAUCCAUUAUUUUUAUUUGCUGCAGCACUGGGUCUUCUUUUUGAUGCAGUUUCUUUUACUGUGCAUGCUUCUAUUUGCUUCAACGUGACUGUUUUCAGAGAUUUUUUGUUACUUCUUUUUCUUCCUGAUGUCUGAUACCAAAAAUCAAAAAGCAAAGACUCUUCCCUUGCUGCCGUUUGGUUCACAUUAUCCUCAUUCAUUCUCUCUUGCAGAUUUUGUCUUCCCUUUUGCUGUCCCGUUCAUAUAACAUCAAGAUUAUUGUUUUGACCUUUACUUUUAUUUGCCUCUCCUUGAAAUUUAAAAAGCAGACGGACAGUUUGUAUGUAACAUGAUUAGCGGUAAUAACAUCAAGGGCAGGCAUCUGUUGUUGUCACAUCAUAAUUUACCUGAAACUACUUUAAUUUUGGGGAGUUUUAUGGUAUCAGAUCAGUGCACUGAAGGAGAUAGUAGCUGAUAAUCCGGAGCAGUGGUGCCCAGACAUUUUCACAUCCCCCUUUAAAGGAUUAAAAAGCUGUUUUUUUUCCCAGCAUGAUCCUUCUUUCAGGGACUUUGUGAAUGUUUAUUGUCAGACUGUCACAAGGACAAACUGGGCUCAUAAGUAAUAAAAACAAGAACUAAUAAAAAAUCUCAGGUGUAAUUUUUUUGUCUCUCUUUCAGCCCAGAACUGUUCAGGUUUACGGACAUGUUCCCAGUGUUUGGAGCAGCCUGAGUGCGGUUGGUGCGGAGACCCCAGCAGCACAGGGAAAGGCUUAUGCAUGGAGGGCUCCUACAGGGGACCCAUGAAGAGGCCGGCAAAGCAGGGCCAGCAGGGCCAGUCCCAAGACAUGAGCUUGGAGCCCGGCAGCUGCCCCAAAGACAAAGGCUACGAGUGGGCCUUCAUUCACUGCCCAGGUAAGAGAUAUACUUCCUGUCUAUGUCACUGAAAUUGCAGAUCAUGUGACAUAAGUGCGUUGCCCUGAGAGUUGGUGUAGCCUUUUGACUGUCAAGUUGAAGAUGAUGAAGGAAUCAGGUUACAGCCUCUCUAUGCAACCUAACCGUCCCCCAAUGACUCAGUGCAACCUUAUUCCAGUGAACCAUCUCACACGUUCAUUAAGCACGCACAACCUCAUCAUGUAAUAUGAUUUUGACUGUGAGACACAAAUAAGGUAUAAAAAUCUUGAAUUCAAAAUCACAUGUGGAAACAGCCACAUGGCGUUUGGUUGCUUUUAGAGGUGAUAUCCAGACACACGCAUUCAUAGAAUUCUAAUUCAUAAACUGUUCAAACUUCCUCACAGGAGUUUUAAUGGUUUCAGCAUUGUAAAUUACAGUCAUACAAAAUCAGGCUUCCAUAUGUGCCUCAUUUAGAGGGAUUAAGAGUCAAUGUAAACUGCUGGUUCCUGAUAAAUAUAUAUCCUAAUAUAUAGAGAGUGCCUGUAUAUAAAUCAGUCUCACCUGACGACGGUUUAUUAUUUCAGAUUUGUUUUACCUGCGUUCAAAUAACUUCAUUAAAAAGUUGGCAGCCAUUAAAACUAUUCUUAAAGGUUAGAUUGAUAAAUAAUAAUUAAUAUGACAUUGCAGACACACGCUCCUGACGGCUCUAAUGGUUUUGUUGCUUUUCCAGGAAGCAAUAACAAACAACCCCGGGUGUAUAUUCUGCUGGGCUGGUGUCAAAUCUGAGCUGUUUAUUCGCUACAGGGAGAAUCAUCAAAACCAAAGUGUGACUGUAGCACAAACUAUUAAAAACUUUCUUUGUUAGAGAAUAAGUGAAGAUGAGGCUCAUGUUUGAUUGAUUAAUACAGACUAGUAGAUAUUAUAAAGGUCAGCCCCUUAUCCAUUCUUAUGAUAGCGGCUGCUUUAACCUACUCUCUCUGUCUUUCUCUCCCAGCGUGCCAGUGUAACGGUCACAGUACGUGCGUGAACGGCAGCGUGUGCGAACAAUGCCGUAACCUGACCACCGGUCCCCACUGCCAGACCUGCAUGCCGGGUUUCCAUGGAGACCCCACUAAUGGCGGCAAAUGCCAGGGUGAGUCCCGCACCACUACGGCAAUAAUUAUUCAGCACACAUAACUCUCUGCGGGUUUAGUUGUAAUUGUUUUGUGGUUUAACCCUUUUGAUCUGAACUCCAUCAUCUUGAACAUACUCCAGCUCAUCCAACAGCAGAUUAGUGUGGAGUUAAAACAAAUACACAAAUUACAGUCUGUGUGUUUAUUUGGACUGGGCCUGCUAGGUGUACAUGAUAAUUAGACUUUUCGAGGAGUUUCAUCUACUUACUGAAUUUUAAUCAGUGUACUGCACAGUAAACACACAGUAAUGUAGCCUCAUUACCAGCAGAGGGCACUGUUGUGUGUUGAGUUGGCUGUGUGACAUUAGUUUGUCCUGUUUGAUUAAUGAAAAUGUUGCUCCAUAUGUUGGUUUUAUAAAGUGUGAGAUGGAAAACAACUUAAGGGGAAAUAGAAGUCUGGUUAUUUUUGCAACUUUGUUGAAACAGCUUCCACUAGAAACUGGAAAUGUCAAGAUUAAGGAUGUUUUCCUGAUAUGUGAGUGACUGUGCUUACUGGAGGCUGGAUACUGUCUUGUUUUUGUUACUUAUCCUUUGUUUACAACAUGUGUCUGGAUUUUAAAUGAUUACUUUUGCUCAAGAAAGUGCAUGGCACGAAUUCCAACAAAUCAAUCUGCAAUGACAGCAUUUUUAUUUUAUUUUAUUUAUUUUUUUUCUACAAUUUGCAGGGUGCUGCAUUCAGUUAUUUCCUUCUGAUUGAGUUUUCUGAAUAGCACAUGAUGCAGAGAUUUAUUAUCUGCGCCUCCUGCUCACUGCAGAAUAAAUUUUCUCGAGCGACGGCUGCCCAUAAUUUAUACAGCAGUCUAGUUUUCAGAGCAAAAGCACAUAAUGUCUGCUAGAUUUAAUGUGGAGAAUGGGUGUAAACAUUAGGUUUUUGGCUAGGGGAGGCUAUUUAACCCAAAAUAAAAUGACUGUAUUUUCAUUUGACAACAGUUCCGGCUUGUCUUUUUAGUAAAUAAAUUGACUUGAGAUGAGCAAUAGAGGUUCCCUGUCAGGCGUGGAUUUACUGACACUUGUUCCUCACGAGGCAUGAAUAGCAUUCCUGAGAAAUUACAUGGGGGCUAUUGUCUGACUUAGGAACUACACACCUGGGAGCUUUAUGGUCUCAGGUAGCACCCCCUGAUGUUUAGGCUGUAGCUGUAACCUGUAAAGUGAAACUACUCUCUGCAAAGGGAAUUGCUUUAUUUGGUGCCUGGAGCCCAAAUACCUUAAAAUCAUUAUCUACCAUAACGACAUGUAGAGUAGUCAAAUGGUUUAUCCAUCGUCACUGACUCCACGGCACUGCACUACUCUGGGAAAAAUGCUUGAAGGAACUUUAUAUUUUUUAAUUUACACAGUAAAUAACAUACAGUUGUGUUUAAGAUGUUAUCAUGCACACGCCAUAGAGAGGGUUGAAGCCAGGCCAGCACUGCACUGAUGCCCGGAAAUUAAACCAGCACUACAGACGCAGGGACAAAGAUAUCAUCUCAAACAACCCGCAGAAUUUGGUGAUACUUAAUUGUCUGCUGUGUUUUAUUUCAUUCCAGUUCACUGUUGGAUUGUGUUCACUGAAUGAAAGUGCCUUUGUAUUAAAAUUCACGGUUCCCUCAGACUUUUGGCUACACUGAAUGAAAGAAUUCGAAACAUGUAAACAUGUUAAACACAAGACAUUUAAGGACACGUUUUCCUUUUUGUUAAGGAUGUGUAUUUGCUUCAGCCUUUCUUGGUUUUUUAUUUUAUGUGAGAAAAAGAAGAAGAAGAAGAAAAUGAAGAGAAAAGAGAAAAGGAAGAAGAAGAAGAGUGUGACUGUUUGAGCGAAUGAAUGAUGUAGCCAAUGUAAAGCGCUUUGAGGGUCUCUGAUAAGGCGCUAUAAAAAUCAGAUGCAUUAUUAUUAUCAUUAAAAAGAUGAAAAAGAAGUAGAAGAAGAAACAGAAGAAGUAGAAGAAGUAGUAGAAGAAACAGAAGAAGAAGAGGAGGAAGAUGAAGCAGUAAAGGAAAAAGGUAGAUGAAGUAAUAAAGGAAGAAGAGGUAGAUGUAGUAAAGACGUUAAAGAGGAAGAUGUAGUAGAAGAAGAAAAGGAAGAGAAAGAUGAAGUAGUAAAAGAGGAAGAUGAAGAUGAAGAAGAAGAAGAAGAAGAGGAAGACGAAGAAGAAGAGAAAGAUUAAGCAGUAGAAGAAAAAGAGGAGGCUGAAGUAGAAGAAGAAUUUUAUUGAUCCCCACUGAUGAAGGUGUCUUACUACUUUACAUGCACAACAAUCCAAAAAAAAAAUCCUGAAAUUUUUAGGUAGGCUGUAUGUAUUAGAGCAAACAACUGAAAACUGGAACCCAACUUUGUCUGGAUUUUUCUAUGCCAGUCCCUUGGGAAAUCAGUUGCUUGAGAAGGUAGCAGGAAAUAUUCAGGUAAAUUAUCUUGGAGUGAGCAGGCAGAGGUGAAGAACCAUUUCAAGUUGAGAACAGCUCAGUUGACGACACAUCUGUUAGUCCACAUCGAGCAUUCAUAUAAUGUGACAUAAAUGCAGAAACUGUCAUCACAACAUCAGUUUCUGAUCAGCCACCUCACCGGGACUUUCACAAACUGUUGUGAUGUCUUAUCCUGCCUUUUGAGACUCACUUCCCUACCGAGUAUCACCCUUUUGUCUAAAGACUAUUCAAAGACACUAUGAGGGACAUGUGUGAAUAAGAAACUCUGGAAAAUUGUGAAGGCAUAGCUACUGAAAAUGUCUGGAAAAAUUCAGGAUUGCAUUUGUGAAAAAACAUUUGGGACAAUUUUUAACCCUGCAGAUUAAAACACUCUACUUUCUCAAAGUGAUUCAUACACCUGAAGACAAGUCAAGAUUUUAAAAUGAACACACCCUCUUAUCUAAUCUGAUGUGAAGACAUUACAGUGAAAUUCCUGCAUUACCAGCUGUUAUUAAUAAGCGACCAAACACUGGGUUAAAAGCAGUCCUGCCGAAAUGUGCUCAGAAAAAGAUGUAACACCAGGAGGGGAAGAUGUGUCCACUGACCCUUCUGCCAUCCCCCUUCUCAGUGUUUUAAAGCUUAGUGAACUGAAAGGAAUAGGUCAGUGUUUUUGUACCACAAAUGCAAACCUGAAAGGCACUCUGGGAGCCAAUUCACUCGUCUCUCACACAUCUAUCGCUGUAGUGUUUGUAUUUCUCACACACUCACGCCAACACAUGCCUGGCGGGUAUCGUGUUGUCCGAUCUGAAAUGUGGGGCAUAUUUUUCUCCAUCAUGGAUCAGAUCUUUGAAGUUCAGACAGUCUUUUGGGGAAUAUACUUGUUUACCGUCUUACCCAGAUCGAUAUCAAUUCUGUCUCUGCGUGUUCAGUGCAGCAAAAAGGAUGUUUGUAGCAUAGCUUAGCAUAAACAUGGCGAGUGAGUGGAAACAGCUAGCCUGUGAAUAACACAGAUUCCAGUUAAAAUCAACAUGCAGACUGAUAUCUGGAAUCACAACUGAACAAGUGGACGCAUAUAAACUAACACUUGCAUGUAAUCCAAAUUUUCAGCUUUCUUUAAAGCUAAUUAAUAAUGUCACCUCCCCUCUGCUUCCUUUCUUGACCCACUCUCCCCCUCCUCUCUUCUUCUUCCAGCCUGCAAGUGUAACGGCCAUGCAAAUGUGUGCCAGGUCUUAACUGGCAAAUGCUUCUGCACCACCAAGGGGAUCAAAGGAGACCAGUGCCAGCUGUGAGUACUCAAAUAACCAUGAAAAACAUAACUACCAUGCAGCCUUGUGGUUUCAUUUUAUUUCAUUGUAAACCAUUUUCUUAGUUGCUUACUGCAUUAGGAUCAAUAAAGAUAUUUUUCUCUUGUGUCCAAAAAUGUAGAUGUUGAGUUGAUCAAUGUCCCUGUUACAAAAUAUAGACUGUUUGAUAAUUAGAAACCAACCAGAAACCAGGGCUGCCUUGUCUCUGGUGCGGCAAUCACCUGUGAUUGAGUCAAACUACUCAGAGCUACUUUAAGGAAAAAUGCAUUGUGGAUAAUGAGCCUCAUACAAAUUGAGUACUGUUAUGCAUAAAAGGAGUGCUGUGGAUUCAUGAUUUAUGACCUGCCUUCAUGGACUCAAAAACUGAGAUUUAUGUUGAUUAUUAAAAGGCACAUUCUGGAGAUUUUUAAGCAGGAUAGAAAGACCCUUAAAAAAAAGGCAGAACAAGUCAACCCCCUUUCCUGUGGCGUGAUGUGUUCAGGGUUUUAAAUUCCUCUUCUUCGUCUAGUGGGUUUGGUAAUUGUAAAACCUGUUUUUUUCUAUCGUCCAGGUCAUUAAGGUUGAAUUGUGUAACACAUGCGUAAUGGGUAUCCUCCAUAUCUGCUUUUUUGGUGUGUUGAACUGAACCUUUAUCUCAUCUGUCACGUGAUAUCUGUUCAAGAAACCGCUCACCUCAUCCCUCACUUUGGUAGAAACUGAAAUUCUUACAUCUAAGCCACAACCUCUGAUGUUGAAACUGAAAGUCAAAGCCAAAGCAGGAAGUGCAAAAAAUAAAGCAAACAAACAAACUGCAGUUACUUGAGUUUUUACUUGAGGCUGGCUGCAAACCUAGAUACUAUAUUGACAUACGUAGCAGAAACAAAAUUAUUUACAGCUUGGUUGAAACGGUUUUGGACGCCUCUGCUCCACCUCUUUGCCCUCUGGUAGACUGAUUGAAAAAGAGGUGGAGAUGGCAUUGUCAGUAUGGUGACUGCCAUCAUUAGGCUCCCUUACCAAUGUCGGAUGUCUACUCAGGGCUGUCAAGGUAUCAGAUUUCCACUCCUUGAUUACUGUGGUCAUAAAAAAUCAUGAUAACAAUAUUAUUGCGUAAUUUUAGGAAUAAUCUAAUAGAAAGAGCUAAUUGAUUUUGAACUGACAUGCUGCUGAUAACUCAGAGAAAUAAAUAAAUUAUAUAUGUAUUUUAUUUUAAAAAAGUUGAGUGAAUUUUGUAUGUUUGACCAUUUUUUAAAGCUAAAUAAAGAGGUUUGGAGUUUUGAGAAAAAAGUCAGGGAAGUAAAUCUGGGAAUCAUGUAACAGCACCUGCCACUGACGUGAUUGAUGAUGUUCAUGAUGCCUUUAUAUGAGCAUCGAUUUCUGAUCAUUAAGGGCACUCCCUCUAACCUAGAGGCUGCAAUGCUGUGAUUUCUCUGUGGUGUGAAAACAAAGAACCAUCACUUUGUAUUAUAUUGGCCGGAAUCUCCGCCUCCAUCACUAUUUCUGCUGACAAAGUGGAUUCUUACGGUGUGGGAGGACCAUCUCCACUUAGCUGUCUGCUUUCUGAGUGGUAAGCAGAAUGAGCACUGAUGGUUUUAAUACCCUUUAAGCAGUGAGAGCUAUGGAGAGGUCACAGACCGACACGGACUCACGUACACUCCCACUCACAUACCACCAUGAGGUUCCCUAUUGGAUGCUAAAACCCCUGUGUAUUAUGAUGAUAUGAUCAUCACUGUCAUCUAGACUUGUUUGAGCAAACUUUUUAUGACAUAUUUAGAUCAAUCUGGAGCCUUUUGAUGGAGCAUUUUAAAUCUGGUUACAUUUUAGUCACCUCACACUGACUCAGACAUCUUGAGAGAGCUUCCCACCUACGACAAAGACAAGAUCUUCGUCAACAUAAGUCACAUAUAUCAGUCAUGACUGCAUCUAAAAGUACUUGGAGUCGUGCAAAAUUGUUGAACAAAUGAGAUAAAGAUAUUCCUCUUGAAAAACUGUUAGUAACCCAGAAAAAGUAGAGAAUGUGGCAUUGGACUUUCUUAUCAUACUAUUUUCAUUGUUAUCAAUGCCGGUCACUUCCGUGAUCAAUCAUCAGGCAGUUUCUUUGCAGUCCCCAUUAACUGUCCACAGCUCGGAAAUAACAGAACACCUAUUGCCCAGCUGACAUUGCUGACUCUCUCGACUACUCUUUCUCUCUGUCUGUCUGUCGAAGACAAAAUAAAACUAACGCACAUCUUUGUUAGACACCUAUGGGACUUUACAAAACGGCAGUGUUUACCUGUCAGGUAGCAGUGAUGUGGCUAUGGCAGAAAGUAGAGCAGAGACACACACUCAGCUGGCAGGAAGAAGUAAGAUUGUAGCAGCCAGCAAACAAGGUCCAACGUCUUCCUGCACAUUCAUGCAGAAGUCUUGGUGUGUAGAUGUGCUUGAAUGUCUCAUUCAUUAAGGACAAAUUCAUACAGAUCCAAAUAGUGACUUGUUGAUCAGCCAUUCAAUGAAAACAAUACUGGUAGAAAACGUGAACCUAUUUCACCUUUGAUAAGAUGUUUUAUUUUUGUUUUAGUGGUUGAACUGUGAUUUAUAUUUUGGUUUUGAUUGUACAGUUUUGUAGGUUUUUAUAUAUUAAUUCAGUCACAGUUAAACUAAAAACUGCUGCUGCACAAUGCUGCUAGUGUUUUAAAACUCCAUCUGAUAACUUGAAAUUUGAGAGUUGAACUUUUAAAGUUUUGCUUCUCUUUAGCCUGUUUUUUAAAAUAACAUGGAUAAAACAAUCAUCUACUUUUACCCAACUUGGCAGUCCAUCUCAAAUCAAAACUUGAUAAAGAAUAGGCCAACUUAAAAAAAAAAAAUCCUGGCAAGAUGCAGGUAAUUGUGAUAGAUGACUAGCACAUACACUGCCCCUUGCUAUGUAAUUCUCUCCAUGUAAACCAUCUGUUGGCUUUGGAUACAAGAACGCUUUGUGAAAAUAUAUUUGACCUAACCCUUAAAAUGUUCCCAUUUUACCAUAGGCUUUCAUACCUCAAACGAUGUCUAAUAUGAACUUUAAUCAGGCGCCUAUUUGUGCUUCUGAACACGUCUGUGUUUGGCAAAUUUCUUCUCAGAUAAAUCAUCAAAAGCACCAAAAUCAAAACACCUCUAGUGAUAGAAGCAGUAAGAGCAGUUGGAGCCAAUAAAACAAAGUGAAUAAUCUGAGCACUGAUAACCAUCAUACUGGAACAUAAAAAGGAAGUUUAGCAACCAAGUUGAAUCUGACAGCAAUGACGUCAAAGCCUUGGAAACAAAGAGAAAGAGAGAGAGAAAGAGAGGGAGGAAAAGCUGAAGGGAAAGCGAGACCUCUCUUUAACCGUCCAUGAUUUCUGUUGACUUUGACCGUAAAUAGAUAGCGCUUUAUGCUAAUGACAGAUCGUCACGUAAAUUUAGUGUCACCAGAUGGAAGCAGUGCAGUAUGAUGCGGUCCCGCACACUGUUAGCACUCUGCUAACUAUGUUUCUACUCCACAAAAUCAGGGAAGGAGUACCAAACAGGCCAGGCAACAGCAGGACAAUAAUCAUCAGCCACUUUAAAGGAGAGAGAAAGCACCCAUAGAUGUGAAGCCAGCGAUGGGACAAUCCUGUGGCCCAGUACUGAUUAUGAGCUUCAAAUUUAGCCAGCGACACAAACUAGCAGAAUAUGUUCUUAAUCAGUCCCUUUUUCAGACUGUAAUCAGAUCAGUGUUGUCAUUAUCAGGAACUCCUAUUCCAGUUGGUGAUUUAAUCCCAAAUUUGUCUGCAUUUUCACAUUCAAACACGUUGGAGUCACCCUUUUCUUCAAGUGUAAUCUACUUAGUGUCUGCACGUAUUGACAAACAUCCUGCAGUAUGUUUGCUGUUCCCUUAUUUGUAAUGUAAUUUCUGGUUUCUCAUUACAUGUAAUCACUUUUUUUCUCACCCCCUCCCCCAGCUGUAACCCCUAAACAAAGACCUCCAUACAAGGGUAGCCAACAGUAUACACACAUGCACGCUUAGUUUCGCACACACAAGCACCGCGGCAGACGAUGCCAUUAGGACUUUGGAAUAAUAGCCGCAGUAAUGAAGUGAAGGGUGCAUCGGUGCAGAAUAGAAUUGUUUUUGAAAACAAUUGAUGAGGUCCGUGCUGUGUUACAGCAACGAGUCAAAGCAACAUUUCUUAUUAUAGCGCUCAUUUAGUUGCAUAUAUUAUUCAGGAUUCCUUGUUUGCUGGAGGUUAGAGCUACCGGAGUGUGUACUGUACAUGUGUGCUCCAGCCUGCGUGUGUGUGAAGGACAAUGUGUUGGUUCAUGGCUCUUUUCAUGAGUGUAUGUAUGUGUGUGUGUGAGCACAGACAAAGGUUCGUGCGCAGAUCAAAUUAAGAUACAGGAGUGGGUGGAGGAGGGAUUGCCUGGAGUCCCGAUUUGUGCACGCAUGCAUGCAGGUGUAGAUUAAAUUAAGAUACAGUGUAGAGGAGUUGCAUCAUACACUUCUAACAUGAGCAUGUGUACGAGUGCAAAUGCCAAGGCUGCUGAAUGGCCGCAGGAGUACACCUCCGUCCUCUGCACCACGGUGAAAGAGCACGCUGCCCUGUCCUCUCCUGUUUGAUAUUAAUAGUGCGAGCAGCGGCAGUUGGCGCGUCUCCAUAGCUCAGUGUCUUGCCCUCAUUAGAUCCCUCAGAGUGCUGAUGCUUGUCCUUCAGGUUUUGCUGGUUAGAUAAAGAGUCAGAAACUCUCUUGAUAGCUGAUGUAGAAGCAGACGCUAACCAUGCAAUGAGACUCUCAAAUAAAGUCAAAGCUUCAAUAGAAACUCAAUCUGUAUUUCAGUUGUGUCGAUCCAAAGGCACAGUUGUUUAAAGAGUUGACAGAAAUUUGGAUUCAAUUUUAAAACAAUCAUUUUGUUGCUAUUCAGAUCACACAACUCAUUUUGGAUUUGUCUGCCUUUUUCACAGGAAAGACUGAAUUGGCUCAGCUUUAUUGAGCUUAUAGCUGUUUCCACAAAGCAAUUUGUUUCACUUAAGUUCAGUUAUGAUUUGUGUUUCAAUUGUCAAAAAGUUGGGACUGUUCCAGAACUAACUGAUCUGUACAGUCUUACUUUUCAGCAUCCUUCUCACGGGGCAUCAAGCCCCCUGAAGGGGGAAGCUAGACACACUGCAAUCUGUUGAAUGAGAGAGAAGUGAGAAGGGGAGUUUACACUAGAUUACACCUCUGGCAUUGAGGUGGAGGAUAAAGGACAGAUAUCUUAAAGAAACCUUUCCUGGAACCUGAUGUUAUUUAAAAAUGACCAUAAGAUUGCCCAAAGCAAGCAUGAUUCAUGACGACUUUUUUCCCACCCCCCCAAAAAAAACACUGUAGGCUCAAUUUAAGAACUGAGCAGGGGACUUUGAAAAACCAUUCAAGACACAACUUCAAAAUAAAAGCAUUUUGUGGGGACAAGUAAAACAGAGGGAAGAAAAGGCUUUUGAAAUGCAUUCUUUAAGUGUGUCUAAGCAAUAUUUUCCUCGCUUUUGACAUAAAUAAAUACAGCUGGUACAAAGCCAAUGUAGAUGUACCCUUUUUUGUCUAUGUCGGCUGAAAUCUGUGCAAGUCUUUGAGAAUAAAUUAGCAACAUUUUUAUUCUCUAGUUUGUCAGCAUGUGAGAUGGAUAUAAGACACUGUGCUUAUGUCAUCAGUAUGAUCAGUCUGAUCAUGCAGCCAACAUGCUUCCUGUUUGAGGCACUAGGGAAUAGUUGACUAAGAACACACAAGUACGUUUAGGGUUCACCGUACCAAUCUGUGCCAAACCAUACUGCAUCAAACUGGAGUGCUUGCCAUAAACGCACCAAAUCAUCCAAAUCUGGACUACUGCUCUCUAAUCUAGGUCAUCAGCAAUCAUCGCCUUUCCUUGUCUGACAGUGAGCUACAUGGUCUUGGGUUCACAUUGCACACCUCCUGGCCAAGGCUUCCAUCUUCUGUCAUUUGUGGUUAAUUACAUCUCCCUAAACAAAGACUUUUUAUUUGUUUCUGUUGAGUCUUUGUUCAACAGUAGACAGUAAAUUACACCGAGCCUUCACUGUGGAUUACUUCAACUGUAUAAAACCAAGAAACUAAUGUUCUUAUGUACUUGGAAAUAAGAGGCCUCAAGUUUAACAUCUUGAUUCAGCUUUGUGAGAAGUAAAAACGCUUUGCCCAGUUUUCCACAAGAUGACCACGAAACAAUCUCUUAGAGUGCCUGUUUUUUGAGGGAAACUGGAUUGAUAAUAUCUGAUGAAGAGAAAUUUUGACACUGAUUGGAUCAUGUGGCACAAUAUCAAACUGAUUUGUUGCUAAAAAUGAAUCUGUUACUUUGAAAUGGAAUUUGAGCUGCGCUUGUAUCUAGCUAUCUCGUGGAUAUCUGUUUAUGUGUUAGAGAUGAAUGAAUUGUCAUCAGAUCACAGAUUUAAGCCAGGAUGAUUAUUGUGCAUAACUCAACAUCUAUGUUUGCUUUGCACUUGACUGUUUGUCCUGCGCACACCAAAGCCUGCUGAUGUCUGAUUGGUUGAUAUUACUCAGACUGUGAUUUUCUUUCUCCAGUUUGUCACUCAAGCAAUGCAACAGUUUAUGAAAUAUCAAAAAAUUGAUGUCUUUGUUUCUUACAAGAUUUACCCCAUGUUGUCUCUGAAAUUAAGCCUGAAUCCAGGGCUUUGGUCAGAUCAGGUCCUGAAUAUUUAUUUUGGAUGAAAGUUAUCCCAGUCAAACCUAAAAGUUUAGACCACCACAAACUGAAGGUUUUAUCAGGAUAAAAACCAAGACUGGGUUACCUGCCCAAACACUGAUUUCAUAACCCUUUUACUUUGAACAAACAGGCCCUGGUGAUAUUUAGAGUGUUAAAACACAUCAGAUGUGUUACCUCCACCCACAUCUGACUGGCAUGUGUUUGUGUAGUACCUCCAACAGUGGAACAGUCUGUCUCGUGAAUCCAGAAAGCAGCAAAACAACUGAUGUGGCAUUAUUUUUAGAGGCAGAGUCAUCCUCAGUUCACUAUAACAUCACAAACAGCCACCAUCCCCUCCUCCCCGCAGCAGCAGUCGUGUCUCACAGUGGGUUCGCUCCCCCCCUGUAUCCUCAACAGAACAUGAGAUAUCGACAUUCAAACAAGUUUAUGUGGUUAUUUAUAACACAUAACACCUGUCAAAUGAAAUUGGUUUGAUGAAAGUUUAAAUCUGUGUGUGAAAGUGUGAAUUUGAGGCAUUUAAAUACUGCAAAUAUACUCAUUAGAAAGGGGGGAAAGACCACUGUUACGGAUCGGUGAUAAAUAAUUGUUCAUGAUAUAUUGUCAGAAAAAUCCUCCAUGAUAAAUAUUUGCCAUCUCAUGAUAAACACGAUAAAUGCAAGAUGAUGACGUAGGUACGAGCGACAGACUCACAGCCAUAGCCCACACAGAGCAGAAUGACAAACAAACAUGGCUGAUGGUAAUGAAGAAGAUGUUUCUGAGCAGCUCGUUACUGAACAAGGCUCUACAUGAGGGAUUUCCUUUAAGAUUUGGGCUUAGACAAGUGCAAUCAGGUAUGUCUGACAUCGGACAGUGGAUCUGCUGCUGUUCACUCUAUACACUAAUAGUUUUCAACAAAUGUUGAAAAUGUUGUCACACUUGAGACUUUUUGGAUGUCAUUAGUUUUUUCCAUAACCUACCACUUGUGGUUAAGUAUCUUAUUUGACUACUCCAACUGGUGUUCUCAAGACAAAAUGAUACAAAAAUAUUGUUUGGAAUGGUAAUAUUUUUUUUAUUUGGACUUUUAUCGUUGUCGUGAGGAUGGCAAAUCUUAUUGUGAUAAAUUUUUUAGCACAUAUUGCCCAUCCCUCCUGCCAUAUGCUCCUUUAUAUCACCAUCCUUCAUACCCUUCACAAACUUUUCAGCACAGCGCAGACUUAAGAAAGGUAUUUUUGCAUCUCUUGCUUUUGCCACUACAUAUCUGUAAUUGUGCAAAAAAAUGUGUGUAAGGCUUUUUAUAAGUUGUCCAAAUAGAACUAGCCCAUAUACCCAUACCUCAGAAAUUCCAUUCACAUUUAUGCACGAGAAGUCUUAAUAUAGGAAGCCUUAAGGAAAUCUGUCGGUUACAUCAUCUGAUAGAAUUAAACUCUUUGAGAGCGAGCAGCAGUGAUCCACAGCAAGGUUUAAGUUCAACUUUCCAUUGUCAAGUGUUUGUAUUUACUGUGUGUGUACAGUGAGAAUGCUAGAGGGUUUUAAAUUACAGUAUUUAUCUGCUCACAAGAAUAAAUUGGAAGAAAAUGGAAGACAGUAAUUGUCCAAUUUUCACACCAUGUUUAGCCCCAGGUUACAAACCUCAUUAACUGGAGUUAUAGAUUGACUGGCCCCCGGCUUCCAGUCAUAUUACACUCCCAGCAAACACACAAACUAUGACUUAAGCACAGGGUAAGUUUAUGUAAAAAUAUGGAACAAUACACUUACCAUAAACUCCUAUUCUGUCACCCUUGAUGUUUUCUUGUUAUAGAAACUGCAGUUAUAUUACUCUCGGCCCUUGAUGUAUGCAAGCCACAGCAUUCACUGUAUACUGUAAUCAAAGUACAUCAGAGGGAGCUGGCGACAAAAGCAUCAUUAGCAGGAUAGAAAUAGUGUGCUAUUACGAGUGAUGGUGCAGAGUAUUGUCUUUGAAUUUCUGACAGCCAUGGAGUUCACAUAAAGAGCUCUAAUUAUCCAUGGAUGUAACAUUAGUCUCAACCAACAAUUAUUAAUCAGGACCACAUGUAUCAGAGGUGGAGACUAUUCUCAAGAACAUGGAUCACCCACUACACAACACCUUGAUGGACCAAAGGGCCAAUGGUGGUGGACGACUCCUCUCUCUUCACUGCAGGACAGAAAGAUUCAGAAGAUCUUUUGUACCAACAGCCAUCAGGCUUUAUAAUUUUUUAUGUAAAUAAUAGAUAACUUUUAUAGACAUAGUAUAUGAGACAACUGACAAUUGAAUUUCCCUUCGGGGAUCAAUAAAGUUCUUCUUCUUCUUCUUCUUCCAUAUUCCAAAUCUAUCCUAGAUCUUUUAGUUCUUUAUUCUCAUCAAACAUAAAAUUCCCAUGAGGCCACAAUGAAAAGCAGUUGAAGUUUAAUUUCACUAUCAAAGGUAAACAAGUUCUGGCUCAGAGCAAUGUGAACAUGCUCAUCCUGAACUCUGAUGAAGUCUGAAUCCUGCGGCUAUGAUUUAAUAAACACGGGUGUGAAACAAAGAUAAUCUCGCCCUUGGCUUGUCGUUGCCUGUUUUGAACUUUACAUUCCCCUCUCUCAAGCUGUGAACCCCUCCAACUUAAAUUACUCAAAUCUGAUUCUUUGCUUUUUAAAAAGAAUUCACCAUGAUUUGUGGUUGGGUCGAUUUGGUGUUUACACCCAAGUAAAGGAUUAUGUAUCUUAAAAGAAUCAAGACAGAAUUAUUUACAUAAAUAGAAAUGUUUGCUGCAAGGAUUUUAAGGGAUUAAAAUUUGGGUGCUUCUCUCAGAUGGCAGAUGCUGCUCUGUGACCAGGUUGUGCAUUAAGUUUACCAAAUCCCGCUGUGUUGCUCUGAUAAACGAAAGUUUUUAAAGAGAUAUAAUUAAGUUUUGCAAACUAUCAGAUUAUUUUAGAAGAAGUUUGUGACUUGAUGAGGCACCAACAGCAGGAGCUAAUGCGCUGGCACUUGGCAUACAGCGCUCCUGAUAAAAGGUUUUCUUGCUCUCAAUCUGUUAGAGCUCUUCUUCAUCUUCUUCACUUCACUCCUCUCUGUUUUUCUUCUCUACAGAUGUGACUCAGAAAACCGUUACCUUGGCAAUCCACUCCGAGGAACCUGUUACUGUGAGUAAUUCUGCACUGGACACAGAGGCGUGCACACUCGCACACACACUCACACAGACACCUUCUUGAUUAUUCUUGGCUAUUCUCUCUUCGCUUCUCUCUCCACUUCUCCGCUUCCACUCUUCCGCUCAGGGCAGAUGGAGCAUUUUAGCGCUUUGGCACCAGGGGCGCAUGUUCGUUGACAGAAUGACUUGUCGUGAAAAUGUCAAGUGCAUCAGAAGGAGUGAGUGAUUGAGCUAAUCAAGGAGACGGAGGAGUAAAAACUCUCCACUCGUCUACUCAAUCACCCACCCACUCAUUCAUUUAUUUAGAAAGUUGACUGGAUGGUCGUUUCGGUGUGAAGUGGGGGAAAAAUGCAUCAAGGUAAGGAAUGCGGGAGAAAAAAGUCAACACCCGGGGCUGACAGGUGGUCACACAUGACAUAUUUGUACUCAGCGUGUUUGUUUGCACGACGCGCCGUCCUUCACGCUGCUGCAGUAUUCCUCUCUUUCAGCUCUCUGCCACUGACAACAGAGACUCAGCCAAGGCUUUCUCCCUUUUUUUUUUUUUUUUAAAUGCCAUCGCCCGACAGCCGGCUCAAUGAGUGGAAGACAAGGACUGAAGCCCACAGCUUGCUUUAACCUCUGCCCUCUGCCGGGACUUUUUCUCAAGCUCUGUUAUGCACUCUUGUAAACAUGACACCCUGACUAUCUGAAAGGCCAUUGAGCACAGAUUAACAUUCUGUUAUCACAGUGACGUUAUCCAACUAUUUCACUGUGUAUCAACCAAGUUCUCGCUAAAAUCCUGAGCCCACUCCUGUUUCCUGAACUCUCUGGCUACCAUAUAAGUACAAAACUAUCUGUACAGUAAAUCAGGAAAUUCACUAGCAUUUCAAAUGCCACCUGCAUCUGUUUGUGGAUUUUGCAACUAGGGUUGUCCCAAUAUAACUUUUUUACUUCCGAUACGAUAUUGGCACUUUGACUCUGACAUCACUCCUACUCCUGGCUACUUUGUUAGUAUCUUAGUACACACUGUUGUUGUGAUUAUGUGGAAUCUGCAUGCUACAUUCCAGCGCUGCUAGACAGAGGUGCCAGAGCGGAGUCUGGAAUAGAUGGCUUGUAUCAGAGUACUGAUGUGGGAGAUUUUAGAUGCAGGCUGAUAUUCUUCCUUUGCUGAUAUCGGACCGAUAUCUGAUAUCAAUAUCUUAUCGGUACAUCCCUAAACCAAAUAAAGCACUUAACUUACCAAUAAAAUGGCAAAUAACCUUCAGAUCUAUAGCGGGACAGAUUCUUGUGUUGGUUAAAAGCAGACACUCACAUUCAUUCUUGAAUUUUCUCCCCCUCUUCUGGAGCCUGCAUCUGUCAACAAAGCUGUCAGUAAAUUUGAUUUUAAAGAUCAAAUAACUAAUUAAAACAGAACUUAAAAAAAGGAGGGUUGAAUGUAAUUCUGCAGGAUAAGAAAUUACUGUAAUGACAGAAACAUUAAUUUGGUUUGAUCAUUUUAAUAUUGUAGUUUGACCCAUGUUUCUUCUUGUAAUCUUCUGUUUACCUUUGCUGCGGCCAGUCAGUAUGGGGAGCUCAGUUUGUAAACACUUGUGGCAAACAUCUUUAACAUUAAUUUUAUGGUCUGAAGCUGACUAAACUUUCAUAGAAGUGUGGGUGUUUUUCAUGCUAUGAGUGAACAUAACAUUUUCUGGCAUUAAGUCAGGGAGCAUUUCACCUUGAGGUCUACAAAGAAAAGAAACACCUAAACGUGGCGCUUGCUUUUCAUGAGGAUGUGUUGGGAAUUGGUGAGGAUUCAAAGAGCAGGCAUGUCUGGCAUCUUUAUAACAUAAAACCAUGAAAUUCACUUGACAGAGCAAAGUUGCAACCAUGCUUUUGGAUUUUUGUCUUUUUUACAUUUUUGGAUUUUUAAGGAAGGCUCAUAGCUAAGUCAAAGCCAUUCAUUAAUUGUAUAAGUUAACCGAUUUUUACAGUAUUUAAUUACCAGCUGAAUGUCAAAUUGAACGGACCCUCUUGGAUAUACUGAAGCUUCUAUGACAGAUACGUCCUUGCAGAGAAUUUGAUCAUUGUUUUCUUGCAAACAUCCAUACAACCCUGCAAAUACGAUUGAAGACACGACACCAAAUAAGAAAUGUAAAAAACAAGAUGUGUAAAUUCACACUUCAACUUUGUUUUUCUCUCAUAAUGGCUGACCAACUUUUCCUUCCAUUUAUGGACACGAUUGAUUAAUCAUCUAAUAAUUAAUCGCUGCAUGGAGAUCUUUGGAGCCUGCUGUCAGGGUCAGGUAGUAAUAACUUGUUCUCUGCUCGAUUGCUCCCUGAUUGCAGCCUCAAGAUUUGAUUACAGACGUUUUGACCUCACUCACCAUCAGUCAGUUUAUUGCACAGAACCUCAUUUUCUACCAUGUCACACUGAGUGCAUCUCUUAGUAUUUUUGCUGUCAUAAUAGUUUCUAGUGUAAGCUGGCACUUUAGGACUGUGUAUGUUCCUCACAAAGUUGCAACUCUUGAUUAGGUUGAGUGUAUUCUUGACUGAAAAAGCUUUUUUCCUCUUUUUUUGUUUUUGUGAACAGACAAUCUCCUGAUCGACUACCAGUUCACCUUCAGUCUUAUCCAAGAAGAUGAUAAUCACUACACUGCCAUCAACUUCAUGGCCUCACCUGAGCAGGUAACAGCUCCAGAAAGUUUUCAAGUUUGUCAUGGAGUUAACUAUAAACAUUUCAAAGUUCCAUUUACAUGUAACGUUUUAAAAAGGUGGAUUUUUUUACGCUUUCUUUCUAAAGGCGAACAAAAACUUGGACAUGUCAAUCAAUGCAUCCAACAACUUCAACCUCAACAUCACCUGGUCUGUGGGAUCAACAGGUACUGUCCAUUUAUGCCUUCCUUUUUACUUAACAGCCUGUUUGCUGUUGUGCCAGCAAGUGUGGAGUUUUACUUGUCAGAUAAUCAAGUAGAAUAAAUAACUAUUAUUAUUUGGUAAAGUAUGGAUAAAAAAAGAAAUGGAACCAAAUGUUAAUGCAAUCAAAAUUUGCAUGUGUCAACAUUUAAACGGCUUAUGCCACAGAUGCUCUUAUAAUUUGCAGUAAAAAGAGCUUUGUUAUUUAACCAAGGAUCUUAUUUACACAUUCCAGCCCGAGGAAGAUGUUAGAAUCAAAGACCUGUUUCUCCCAGGUAUCAACGCCCAUCCUGGGUUAUUGGAUUACAAGCUGGCAGCUUUAACUACAGGUGUAAACUCACCUUAAUGCAUCCCGAGGAGAGGACUGAGUAGGUAGUUCUGAAUUAGAUUUGACUCAUGGCCCACAGAUCUGAGGAUCAUUAAAUAGUUUUCAUAUCACGUCAUCACUUUACGCAAAUCUGCAAGUCUGCUCUGCUUUUAAUUGUUUUUAAAGUAUAACAACGGUGAAAAGGGAAGAAAAGAAGACAAAGAAGAAGGUGAGCUCCAUUCAGAAGUGGUAACUGGAGACACAUUUAGACACGCGAAACAAUGCAAAAUAUUCAAGGUCAGAGUUAUCCUCUUGUGCUGCAACCACCCAGGUAUUUUUAUUCAAUUUGUCAGCAUUAUCUCUUAAAUUUGCAACUAAGUACAAACUGGGCACACAAAGUUUGUCCCAAGCCUUAUUUUUAAUCCACACUGCCACACUGGGAUUGAUAACAGGUUGACAAGACGCUGUUUGUAUAUCUGGUCUUCUCAGUGACUAAAAUAAAGACUAAUUGUUUUUUUGUUUUAUGCAAAUAUAAAACAAAGUCACAUGUGGUGCCAUAAAUGUCAAAUAAUAUUGUUUCCGAUCUGCCACUGAAAAUGUCUGGCAUUUUUGGAAACUCAGUUUAUAAAAUUUCUAAAUGUUUUUUUCUGUAAUUGAAUUGGGAAUAUAGUCAGUUAAAUUAUUCAGUCUAGAUUAACAGCAUUGUACUCUCUGUUGUCAGUGUGUAGUGUGUCACUGUUGACUGGAUGUUAUAGGUCCCCUGAGGAAAGACGCCCAAGGACACUGCAGUGGUCCAGUGGCACCGUUUAUCCCCCCUGCCCUCCCCUCAGUCAUUGACGACUCUCUCUGUCCCAACAGCUUUGACAUUUUCCAACAACUAAAACACGUUAACCCCCCCAUGUCCCCAAACGCCACCUUAACCUUUUCGGAGCACUGUCAUUAAUAUUUGAAGUUCUGUCCCCUUUUACCCGCAAAGAUAUUGUGUCUGAGAAGGAGCCUCUUCACAAUCGAAGGGAGCGUGAGGCGCCUUUGGGUGGGAGGAGGAGGGUGAUUUCAAUUAAGAUAAACAUGCUCACGUAGCCACAGUCAAGCUGUCAUUUUCACUUCUUUUGUUUCAGAGCUGUGGACUGGAAUGUCAAUUUUGAGAACCAGUAACACGAGGACGAAUGAGAAAUGACUUGAAACAUUAAGAUAAAUGGAAAAAAGACUAAUUUUAGCGGUUUGCUUUUUUGUAAAAACGGCUAUAAAAAUGGUUUAUAAACAAGAAACUCUAAAGUUGUCAUUUCAGUUAUGACCGUAUUUGAUUCUCCUCAGUCCUGUUAUCAUGGCUGCUGGUGGUUUAAACCAUAGACAGUGUAAAACAUGGAUGUAGUCUCUGUGACAUCAUCCAUCGGUUUCUGAAGAGGCGUUUCGAAGGCCAGCAACGGUGACCACCAUAUUGGAAAUGUUGACUCAAAAUAACUUUUGGUUAACUUGGAAACUGAAGCAGCCACACUGUGACUAACUCUCCAUUCACUCAGCUUUUCCCCCACAGUAUGCCAAUAAUGUCUAGCCUUUAGACUUUAUAUUAUCCUGUCAUGUUCAAAGGCUGCAGCCCUCAAAGUAGAGGCCCCACUUUAGCAUGUCAUCUUCUUUCUCUUUCCUGUUUCGGACUCUACCCACUGAUGUUUCUCUUGAUGACAGCAUAGGCUUUUAUCACAACUUGUCUUGAUUAUUGUAAUGCACUUUAUUUUGGUGCCAGCCAAACCUCUCUGAAUCAUUUAUAUGACGUAAAUAUGGCCCCAUUUCCCCCAUUUUAGCCUCUCUUCACUGGCUUCCUGUGCGUUUUAGGAUUGAUUUUAAAAUGUUGUUAUUAACUUAUAAAUUUUUAAAGGGGCUUGCUCCGUCUUAUCUCUCUGACCUUUUAAAAGCCCAUAUUUUAUCUUGGACUCUCAGAUCCUUCGAUCAGUGUUUUCUGACUGUCCCGAGGUCAAGGAUGAAGCUCAGAGCUUUUUCAGCAGCUACACCCCUGGAAUACUCUUCCUCCCAUGACUUUCCCCCUCACUGCCUGUUUUUAAAUCAAACUUGAAAACGCACUUUCCUCUUUGGCUUUCGGCUCUUGAGAACUUGGAUUUUAAUCAUGUUUUUAUUGAACCAUUUAUGUCCCCUGCUUUUACUGUGAUUCUGCAUCUGUAGUCUCUUUUUAAAUUUAAAAUUUUUGAUUGUUUAUUUAUAAAUAAACUUGGAUUGGAUCGGAUCAAAUCCCAUCCUCAAAUAACAUAUACGUUAAUUUUAGUUCUGAAGAUGGGGAUCCAGAAUGUAACAAUAAAGGAAGAUUCCGGCUUAAAUUUAAGUUAUGGUCAAACACACCGUAACACCGAGUUUGACACCCCCUCGAGAGAUGAAUAUUGCCGACUGCUUGCCUCUUUAGUCAUACCAACUUCAGCAAAGACCACACAAUAGCAAUGCACAGCGGUCUACGUCUCCACGCGUAAACCUCAACCAAAAAGCCACUCUAUAAACUCAAAUAAUGCUCAGAACAGCACCUAACUUCAUCAACAGUACAUAUAGGUUCCCAGCCAUAGUACUAGCCAUCAAACAUCUUUUUAACUUUGCCUGGUUUCUUUAGCAAAGAGACUAAACACAACUCAACCAUUCUCCUCCAGCAGCCGCUCGUUUGUGGGGGAGCCCUGACGAAUCGAUCACUGAGCGCAGCGGAUGAUUUCCAUGAAGUAAUAAUCGUCAUAAUAAUCAUUUUGCACUGUAGACGUGGUAGUUCUUUUGCCUUAAGGCCUCAGGCUAAUUGCAUUUCCACAAAUUAAUAAACAUAAAUGUUCUUUCUUGAGCUACGAAACUCUGCUGCGCUCAGUGAUUGACUCGUCAGGGCUCGUGCUAUGUGUUGCUAUUGUGCAGUUGUUACUAAAGUAUGACUAGAGAAGCAAGCAGUCAGGAACAUUCAUCCCUCGUGUGGGUGUCUAACUUGGUGUUAUGGUGUGUUUGGUCAUAACUUAAAUUUACGCCGGAAUAUCCCUUUAACAGAAAACUCUCUUUAAAUAGUGUUUCACUCUAUUUAAUACAAUGAAUUUAACAUAAGUCUGUUACAAUAUUAGCUUGAUUACUCAGGACAUUCAACACCAUUCUCUCAGCUCAGAAACAAACAGAAACUGACACAAAAGCAUUUAUAGUAUAUUAAAGGUGCUUAAUGCAAAUGUAUUAGCCCUCCUCUGCUCUCCGUCAUGCUGAAUGCUUAAUUCCUGCCUCAGAAGGACUAAAUGCAUUAGCAAAUAGGGGUGGUAUGGAUGUAGAUGAUGAAUAUGUGCUAAUGUGACUCAGUCGUGACCUAUGGACAGCAGCAUUUUGGUCCCUCUUCCAAGCUGUGCUUUUCUCCCACGUCUACAAUUUAAUCUGAACUGCAUGUGUAAUUUCACAAUAAAGCUGUGCUGUUUUUAUUAAGGUCAACUGGAAAAGGAAGUUUAAUGCACUUAAGACAUAAUAAAUGGUAAUGAGAGCUCUCCUGCUGUCCGAAAUGGCUUUACAGACCCAGUAAUGGAUUGAUAAUGAUAUGUUGCGGCUACUACAGCUCCUUCUAUGUAUGUCAGUGAGCUCUAUGAAUGUCUAAAAGCAGAGUGCUAAAUAUGUAUGCUUUCCCUUUCCUCCAAUAGCUGGAACCAUCUCUGGAGAGGAAGUGCCCAUCGUGUCCAAAACCAACAUCAAAGAAUACAGAGACAGUUUCUCCUGUGAGAAGUUCACCUUCCGCAGUAACCCCAAUAUCACCUUUUAUGUCUACGUCAGUAACUUCUCAUGGCCGAUCAAGAUCCAGGUGAGGACUGUGUUUACAACGGAGAUAACACAGAGAUCUAAUUAUCUCCCUGGUCUGUGUUAUGUUGCCCUUGGUUUCAAAUUCCUCUUGAUGAAUCUCAAACCUCUCAUGGGUGAACAAUUCAUACAACAUACAUGCAGAGAGCAGAAGCAGCCAUCUUUGCAGACGCAGAGCGCUAUUGUUGUUCAGCUCAGGGUGAUUUCAAGUGCACUUCAUUCUAAUUACAGAUUUAAUGAGCAAUGGUUAGCGUGCAUAGGUGCACAGCUGUUUUCAGUGGGUAACACAGAAGCACCAUUAAGCCCUUUCUAGCUCUCCCUCUACACGAAGGAGACGGAGAUUUUGAUGUGGUGAAGGAGAGAAAAAGGCUAAACUAAACAGUCAUCACCAAAAAAAUGUUUGCUUUUUGACAAGAAAACAGAUACCGAUUUUACCUAAAGCAUCCACGGUUUGCUUCUCGUUCGGACAGUGAGGUCAAAUCAGCUAAAGGCCACAGAGGACUAAUGUGAUAGUGAGAGUGACUGAGCCGUGACUUCAUAGGAGAAACAGUGAAAUUAAGAGAGAACAGCAGGCGGUUACUCUUUCAGAUGGAGGCAGUGCUAUUUGAGCUGUGAUUAUGACAAACAAAUAUGGUCUCUGCACAGACAACAUGACAGAUGACUAACUGGUACAACUGAAUAAACAUGACUUCAUUAUGUGUCUGACUAUUAAAGAAGAAAAAGGAACUUUUUUAAUGUUAAAUUAGAGGUUCAGUGUUUUUCAGAAAUCUCACAGUUUAAGUUUGAUUCAAUUUUUGAAAGAAAAAAAAAAGGAGAUAACUUUUCCACUCCUUGCUUAGUCAUGAUUUCAGAGCAUAACAAAUCACAGCACAUCUCUCAAACAGAGAUUCCGCCAACGUUAGUCAUUAAAACAAAAAGAAAGUGAUUUGAAAAGGACUAUUUCUGAUUUGCUUUCACAUUUAAUCAUUCUGACACAUACACUUAACGAUUCAGGUAAAUCUCCUGACGUAUAUCAGGAUUCAAGUAAACUUGAAUCAUUUGCUGUGUGUAUGUGUUUGUGAGUCAGCUGUGCACACUGCUGCCCCGGAGAUGUGUUUCUGUAAUCACAUCACUGUGUCACAGUGAAUCAAACGCCCUGCUCUGAUCAUGUUUUGGGACUUUAAUGCGUCAUAGUUCCCAUUACUGCUCUGAGUACGGCAGCAGUGUUUGUGGCUCUGCUUUGUGCAAGAGGAGAAGAGGACCAGCACAGUGAAAUGUGUGUUUAUAUCACACCUCAAAUCAUAUAGCUGUCUGUUUUAUUUCUUUUUCUGUAAACAUCUGUACAGUGUGUUAAGAAAACUUUUCGUCUGAGUUUCAAGUGUUGUCAGAAAAAGCUCCGGUUUUAAUUGCAGGUUUUGAUUUAGCUACCCCCCCCUUUCACAGCAAAGAUGUUUGGUUCACGGCGGGUUAAUAAUAUCUUGGGGUCAGUCUUCAUGAGAAGGCAGCUGAAUAAUUGUUUUCUAUUAGAUUUCCCUUCCAACACUCACUUAUUUAUCACAGACCGGCCUGAGCUGUUAAACCCACAAUAGCUUCUGUAACAGGAUAAGGUUUCACUUUCCUCCCAGCUUUUGUGAUGCAUUGUUUGAGCACAGAACUGUAUGAGAUAAAGCGGGAUUUGAAAAUGCUCGCAUGAGUGUGUGAGAUAAGCAUAAAAACGAGGGUAAAGGUAGUAAGAGGUGGACUCUUUUGAUUCUAUUAUCUGUCCACAUUAUUGUCACCCAAGAGGGCCGCUCAGUGUAACAAAAGUCCUCUCGUAAUAGAAGUACAUUCUCACAUGAUGCCAUUGAUCGAAUGAGAUUGAUGACUUGGAAUUAAAUCAACCCCAAACGUAUUGCUUUGACCUCACAUUAUGUGAAACGCAGGGCUCUAAAAAGGCAGAAAGACGUCUGUGUAAUAUGUGCUUUUUAGCAACAUUUGCCGUGUCAGUGAGCAUCUCAUUUCACAUCACUGAUUCUCAACUCAAAAAGGUUGUAAAAGUCAAAAAUGGGAGAAGUUUCAUGGCAAUAACGAAUAACUUUUUUUCCUGUUACAUGAAUAUGCACAUGCUAACAAAUAGAGAUGCACCGAUCCAUUUUUUCUUAUCCAAUCUGAUACCAAUACCUGGGCUGAGCGUAUCGACCGAUAUCCCUUACCGAUCCAUUACUAGUGUUGAAUGAAUGAACUGUAUACUUUGCCCUGUGAGUGAAGGCAUCAGGCUUGAAAUUAGCCUUGUUAAAAAAAGAUAACAAAUUAACACACAUAAAUCUACUUAAUAUUAUUUUAUUAACAAAUAACAAAUUGCACAUUAGCACACAGCAAAAAAAGAAAGACUUCCAUGUAAACAUUUAGUGAAAAAGGGCAGACAGACAUAGAAUAUAGAGCCAACAGAAUCGCUGUGUUGCUGUGUAUGAUAUUAAUUAAAAGAAAAAAAAAGACUAGAUUGGAACACUGGAUCGGCAUCAUUCAUCAGAUAUCCAAUUCAGUAAAUGUGUCAAUAUCGGAGCUGAUAUCCGAUCCAAAUAUCUGAUCGGUGCAUCCCUACCAUCAAAUACAGCGAAACUUAGGACUAGAAAAGAGGGAUGUAGUGCGAAAAUUUGCUUUAUUUCUACUGUUAUUGAAUGGUGAUUUAUUUCAAUCCCAAACCUAAGUGGCAUCAAACAUUACACAGAUAAAUAGGUCUUUAUUCAACACUACAUGCUAUGAACCAGAGGGGUUUCAUCCUGCUGCAGAUGACAUUGUGUUUGCGAGUCCACAUGCUCUCAGGGCAAAAAAAGCCUCCCGAGCAUCUACAGUAGAUAAUGACGCUUCACGGUAGUGUGCUCUAUCUGAAGUGAUUUAGCUGCCAGGACUGUGUGCGCAAUCCCUCUUUUAAUGAAGGUAAAAAGUAUUUCUGGACCGUUAGUCACCGGAGAUGCUGUUGACAUCAAUAAAUUAAUCAGCUCUCUUACUCACCUCAAGCAGAGAUGGGAUCUUGUGGACAUUUUCAAAGAAAAAUGAGUUUAUUCUUAACUACAAAACACACAUUUACUUUUAAAUGAGAGUUUUUGUCACAAAGUGAAGGAGCUACUAUUCUAAAAUUUAAGGUAAUUUGUUUUUUUCAUCUUAAGCUUUGUGUCAUUGAAGUAGUCUGUUAAAUAGGAAUAAUUUUCCCACUUUAUUCAGAGCAUGGUUAUCAGUUUAAGAGCAUUUUCCACUUACUCCCUAUGAAGUCAGCAAGAAAAAAUAAAUAUUUGCUUUGCUUUUUAUGUCAUUGUGCAACAGUUUGAUCAAAAUCCUGGAAUUUCUGUAUGAAAUUAGACCCUCGAAAAAUCAGUGUUUCUUCCCUUGAUUUAAGAGGUUGUUUGUUUAUUUCUCAAGAGAAAUUUAUAACUUCUUUUUUGAGAUUUUGCUAAUGUCUCUUUGUUUUCUUCUCUCCACUAGAUUGCCUUCUCUCAACACAACAGUAUCAUGGAUCUCGUCCAAUUCUUUGUGACAUUUUUCAGGUAAGUGAGUCAAACGUGAACAGCCCUUAACACUCCCCCCCCAGUCUUUUGUUUAAACUCCUCUAAACGCUCAGCAGGCGGGAGGCAUUGCCCAGAAUCUGACCCUCCGCCUCUUCAUCUUCCUCUCAGGCCUCUCAGGGCUUAUUGAGUUACUCGAGCCUGUCUGUGUUAACCGACGACAUGUAAAUGCUUCUUGUAUCUUCAAGGCACCAAUUUUUCCUUUUCAAGUGGCAAAUGAACUGCCAGGAACCUUUUAAAUAGGUGCAUAUUGCUCUGUAAGUGGCAUCUGAAGAGAAGGCAGGGGUGAUCAAGAUAUGAGGGCUCUUAAUGAUUUUUCAUGCUGAGCGCUUAGAUGGAAAUCUUUUCUCAUUGAAAUGUUUAAAAUGAGUUGAUUAAGUUCUCUCAAAAGCACAAAAAACGCUGAAUAUAUUAGGAGGAUGUGAGUGUAAUUGGGAAAUUUAUGCCUUAAGCAAGGUACUGGCAAUUUUUGUGAAGGGUUCGAAAGAUCUGUAGUGAUACUCUCCUCUCCAAGGAGGUCAACCACAAAGGUUUGGUUACUGGAGGGCUAAUCUGAGCAUCUGUAAUCGGUAACACAGGGUCACUGGUGAUAGGCUGAAUAUUUAACUUGUGACAUGAUGCUUAAAAAGAAAAAGCAAUCCUCUGCUGUUGCUGCGAAGAACAUUCAGCAUCAUAAAAACAGCUUCUCCAUGAGGCGCCGUCCUCCUAAAAGCAUCAAAGUUACUGAUGCUGUUUGAAUGUUUUAAUGGUUUAUUUUGACUCCUUAGGUUUACAUUUGAUUAGCAGUAACUGCUAUGAAUAUAAACAUGAAGCUACAUUCAGUUGUAAAUUUUGCCAAACAUCAAUCAAUUAAUCAAUCAGUCAGUCUUUAUUUAUACAGCACUUUUCAUACACAACCAUGUUGCACAAAGUGCUUUAAUCAGAAAAAGGCAUAAGAGAAACAAAGAAUACUCGAAUCUACCCCAACCCAACCCCUCAUUUCCACCCCACGAUCUAAGGAUCUGUGCGCACUGAGGAAACGCCAUUUUAAAAGUCAAAAUAAGGAAACACUGGAGGUUCAUUUAAAAUCUAAAAACAAAGAAACAUAGAAUUAAAUCUAAGAAAUAAUAAAUAAAAUGAAUUAAAAAAAAAAACAGUAAAAUAUACAGAAAUAAGAGCACCAAAAUAGCUCAAUAAAAGACAAUCCUGUCAUUAAAUCUAGACAGAGAUAAAUGCUAAAACACUUAAACAAAGUUAAUGAUAUAAAUUCAGUUAAAAAUAGGACUAAAAAGGUACGUUUUGACAACAAAAAGGACUAAAUGAAGCUUAAGCAACACUCACAGUUGAUUGGUUACUGUGGAGGUUUGCAUGUAAUACUAGAAGUCCUGUCCUGGGAAAUUAACUUGUGCUUACAAGAUAAUUUUCCUAUCUUGAGCGCAUUUAGCAUUAAUCAUAUUAAUUAAGCUAUUACCUUGUGUGCACAUGAUAACAACUUUCUAUCAUGUUGAUUAUCAUGUGGACACCAGAUAGAAAAAUGACUACCUAAUGGGAUUUUGCAGGGCUUCAUACAAGAGUAAAGCCAGUUUCAUUUAUUCAAUCAGUGCCACUGGUGGGGACAGUUAUUUCAAUCCCCUUUUUGUCAUUUAACUCAUGCCGUAGUUUGUGUAUAUGUCGGCUCACUUCUCCCAAGGUGUGUGACCCAGGCUGUGAUUGACUAACAUAUUAUCUGUGUAGCUGUCAAGGUGGAAAUAGAAGACAGUCUUUGCCCAAGGCACCUGCCCGUCACUGCCUGGUCGACAAUAAGUUAACCUGUCACACAAUCAGUUUAUCUUCUGCCUCCAUGCGGUCAUAUUGCAGUUGAAUAGACAAAUUCAGAUAUUUUUGCAAGCAAUGCUCAGAAGGGCAGGGCUUUUUUUUUUCAAAUUUAAUCUGAAAUGUGGCUGACAGCUGCUAGCAUCAUUUGCACAGGAAAUAGGGUCAGAGCAUGGGCAACAGGGGAAUUAGUGGCCACAGUUUGGGUCUCUAAAAAAAGACAUGUAAGAGCACUUCUUUCUGAAGCUUUCUGGUUUAAUUCUAAUGCUGGUGUUCGCUUGUUUAAUCCAAACAUCUUUACGUAUGUCUUUAUCGCUUUGCUUUGUUUUUAUUCAAAUCACACACUCUUUUCCUGCACCCUGUCCUUCCAUUUCUCACUGACCCAUAAACUCAAGACUAAAGUGAAAAGGCCCUUAUGUAGUCACAGGAGGUUGUGUGUAUGUGUGUGUGUAACAGAGAGACAGAGAGAGAGAGCUUGGGGAGUUUUGGAGGGCAUGAACCUGCAGGAAAUGUAAUCAGCCUGAUGACAAAAUGUCAAAUCAGCCCACAGGGUUUUUAGACCUUGUCAUGUGAGAUAUAAAAGGUGAAGAAAUGAUGAUAUGGACGAGGAGCAAGCUCUUUUUUCUCCUGCUUUGCUUCUAUUUCGGUCUUCGUCCUGCUGCUGACUUGCAUUUUGGACUAAAAACUAUCUCCACUGUUUCAGACUCUGCCACUUCAUCAUAUCCCUUCCUCUGUUAUCUUAUUAAAUCUGAAAAAAAAAAAAAAAAAAAAAAUUGGUAACACUUUAUUUUACGCCCAAAUCUAUAACGCAUUAUAAAUAAAUGUAUAAUGCGUUAUAAUCAUGUUAUAGCAUUGUAUUACUAUAGUUAUAAACACUCAUAAAUGAUCAAAAUGCUCUAUAGCAAUAAUCUUAACACAUUAUAAAGCAUUUUAUCAUGACUAACAAGGUCAGGUAUUGUAAUGUGUUAUAACUUGCUUAUAAACUUGUAUAACUAUAGUUAUAAACACUCAUAAAUGUUCAUAAUGCUCCAUAGCAAUAGUCAUAACACAUUGUAAAGCAUUUUAUCAUGACUUGCGAGGUCAAGUAUGAUAAUGUGUUAUAACUGUUAACAACUCACUAACAAUGCCCACAUAGAUAAUGCAAUGCAACUGUUGUUAACAGUUAUAACACAUUAUAAUACCUGACCUUGUGAGUCAUGAUAAAGUGGUUUAUAAUGUGUUAUGAUUAUUGCUAUAAAGCAUUAUGAUCAUUUAUGAGUGUUUAUAACUAUAGUCAUACUGUGCAAUAACCUAAUUAUAAUGCAUUAUACAUAUAUUUAUAAUGCACUAUAGAGAUGGGCGUCAAAUGAAGUGUUACCAAAAACUUCUGCUGCCUUUAAUUGAAAUAAUAAAGAUUUCUGGUGUCAAUGGUGGAUUUUGAAAGGAGUUUGAAUAACUAAGAGGCAAACAUAUUCAUCUUAUUCAUUUAUGGUUGAAUAUAUUUCAUGCGCUGUGGUCAUUUAUCUUUCAAUAUGUUGCAUAAACAAUGUAGAAACUGGUUAUUUAUUUCAAGCUACGGACUCUGUCGGGUUAAGUGAAGGUCAAAUAAAAAUAGCACAAGUAUGUUUGUAUCCAGUAUAUAUGAGUUUAUGCACAGAAGUGCCCUUGUGGGUCAUAUAUGUGAAAGCAGUAGAGUCUUAAAUAUCUCAAUUUUCUCCCAUUAAUCCCAGAGGGAAUCACGAGUAUUUCCUUUUAGAAGCCUAAUGCCAUGCAGACAGAGAGCAGCUAUUGAUAUUAUUGAUUGUCCGCCCUUGUGGUAACUUAAUCCUUGUGGUUAGUAAAAGAGCAUGUAGUUAAAAGAAGAUCAGUUUCCUGCUGUAAAAGGCUAGUUUUAUCAUGGUACCAAAGCUCAGUAUAUUUGGGGAUUGCUGCUUAAAAGAAGAAGAUAAUAAAGAUGGUAGAGUUUUACAUCUGUCCUUGAAAAUUUUUAGUAACUUAACAGGAGUGAAUGAGGAAUCUGUUUAUGAAAAGCAAAAGGAAGAGCAAAGUGGAUUUUAGCUUCUUUGUUGUCGAAGAAAAUAACAGUGAUGAAAGGCAAACAUCUGUUUAAGGAUUUCUGUCUUUAUGGCGUGAAAAUCUCAGGGAAGCCAAUAAAAAACAUCCUGCAUUUAAUGUUAUCUUCAAAGGUGUCAAAGAUAGAGCAAGAUCUGAAAGAGUUCCCAGCAUCAGCACUUCGGAAAUAAAUUCCAUGUGUGAUGUCAAAAUGUUUGAACACAAAGUUUUCCAAUCUCACUUAUUUUUUGGCAUGGUGGUCCUCGCCUUUUUUCUUAACUCUCUGUCUCUGUCUCUCUCUCUUUCUCUCUUUCUCUCUCUCUUUCUUUCUUUCUUUUUUUUUUUUUUUAAAGCUGUCAUUUCAAAGUUAUCACAGUCCUCUGAAGCUUUAUCGCCUUUCCCAAAGAUUUCGGUCAAUUGAUCCAGCAGGUGUGGACGGCAAAUUGAAAGACAGUUAAAAUGUCUAACAAAUGGGCCCCCUGAAACCAGAGCUGGUCAUGUGUCUCUGCUGAAAUGUGCGUAUUAGAUCAAACUGCCUGUUUUAGAAACGUGGCAUGUCCCUGAAGACAGAGGCUGGCUGGUCGGAUUACAGCCUGUGUUUCAAACCCAAACCUAUCGCCUCAUGAUUGCCUCUUUGUUCCUGGAUAUUAAGAACAAAUACCCAGGAAGUCACCCUCUCUUUGGCACAUGAUCAUCUUUACAUUGUCAUCUGUCACAGGGAUAAUGAAGUGGAGGCUAUCAGCCAUAUUUCUCUAUCACGUGGGCGCUUAUAUCAUGCUGAAUUUCCCUUGACUAAUGAUUUUUCUGUUGGGUAAUUAAUUGAAGUAAUCGGCCAAAAUAUUCAGAAUGGGAUGAAAGAUGAAUGAGUCUCUUCUUCAGAUGAUGUCUGCCGCUUCAUCUUUUUUUGUAAAGUUAGCAGGAAAUUUAUUACAUCUGAGUCUACUGUGGGCUGGAGGUUGUUAUAAAAAGCAGCUAUUAUGCUUUUGACAACAGAGGAAUCGAUUUUUCUCAGGAUGCUAAUAUUAAGACAUAUGCCCAACCUGCUUGUGUCAUAUUUCUAUUUACAGCUGUUCUCUGUCAGAGAUGUUCCUUGAUAUUGUUUCGUCUCUUUUGUUGCAGUUGCUUUCUCUCGCUUCUUCUGGUGGCAGCUGUGGUGUGGAAAAUCAAACAGACCUGUUGGGCUUCCAGACGGAGAGAGGUAAGCCCGUAAAAUGUAGUUUGAUGAUGCAUAACUUACACCAUGGCCAAUUUUUUUUGGUCAACUUUCAGUUCUUUUUUUGUAGAAACAUAAAACUUGAAUAUAUCGUAGUGUAGGUGUGACAGUGAUUCCCUAAGUCUCUUUCAUUCGUCUCACACGCCAGAAAUCAAGCGGAUAGAAAGUUUUCAGUAUUUUUUGGGCACCAUCUGUUUGUCUUGGCCCAAAUACUUGGAGAAAUUGUACUUUGAGAGUUGUAUUAAAAUGGUAACAUAUACAGAAAGCUUUUCAAAGCACACAUCUGAUCCAUUUCUUUUUUCAUACUCCCUUUUAUUUCCAUAGGAUGCCUUUAACUUUAAUUUGUGUCCAGGACAAUUAUUCGGUAAAAUUAGUCAAUUAAAUUGGGGGUGUCCCGAUCUGUUAUUGGUCUUGGAUAUCCGUCUGAUAUCAGCAAAAAAACGAAUAUUGAAUUAUAUCGGCCUGCAUCCAAAAUCUCUGAUAUCAGCACUCAGAUACAAGCAGUCCAUUCAAGACUCCGCUUCAGCACAACUAUCUAGCAGCGCCCAAACCGAGCAUGCAGAGCCUACGUAAUCACAACAACAGAUCAUAAUAUUGAUAUGGGUAUCAGCCAAUACUGAAGGCUAUAAUAUUGGUUUGGUAUCGGAAGUAAAACAGUUGUAUUAGGACACCCCUAAAUAGUUGUGGUCAUUUAUCACAUUGGCUGCAGGCCAGCUAAGUUGACUGUUGCGUAACAUCAGGUCUCAGGAAACAGUUCCUCCUGUGCGUUCUCCCUCUCUCUAUGUGUUCACCAGUUCACCUCUCACCGCUAAGUAAGUGCCUGAGUUAAAUUAAACAAGAUCAUUUCCUUGUGAGACCAUCAUGACAUCCAAAAUUGCCUUUAGAUUUGAGUUGAAAAGUGGAUAAAAUGGAGUCAUAAUUCAUUAAGGUUUUUUAAUAGAAUAAAAUGACUCAAUAUUAAACAUUUGUAAAUAAAACGUGAGUACAACACGUUUUGUCUCAUCUAGGAGCAUAAUUUCUUCCUCAGUCAGUCAGUCAGUCAGUCAGGAAAGAGAAUGACUCCUAUUAUUCAGUUCUUCAUCAGGACUUCAUUAAACUAAGUCUGGAGUUACUGUAGUGAUUAGGAGGACACUGACGGUGCACACUAAAUACUUUUCUUUUAAAACGUCCCUUGUGAGCAGGUAGACAUGUUGGAAAACAACACUGACAGAGGGAGUACCAGCUAAUUGUUUAGUUAUAUCCUUUGAGUUUAAGAUGUCAAAAAUCCAAACUGUGAGAGAGAAAGAAAUCAAUACAUAUAAGCAGCCGCAGUUCUCAGCCUGAUAAACAAACUCAGUUCAUUUAGAAGCUUUUAGACCAACUUUUGGGGAAGGACUGUGUCUGCUAAUGGAAAAGGCGUCUUUGUGAAGUCCAACGUCCCAGUAUUUGAUCGAUUAUUUUGUCAGAAAUAAUUAUAGUUUAAGGUACAGAUAAUAGUACCAAUAAAUUGCAGCGUAAAAGUUAAGUGCACAAGUGGGAAAAGUAUAGCGAAAAGCAAAUAGAGAUACGGUGAAUGACAGGAAGAGGAUGGAAUGAAACAUUAAUAUUCAGUGUUGAGGGCCCAGAAAAGAUGGGGAUGAAAAGUGGGGAAAGAUGAGAUGGUUGGCAGGAGAAAUUAAAAAAAGAGGGCGAGGAAGCUACUGUGCAAAAAAAUUGAGGAAGAGAGAAAAUGUAUGUAAAUUUAUCUUGCUACCAUGAACCCAAUGCAGUCCUCACUGAUUUCUGUGACUGCAGCCAUCAUUUCCAUCUCCUCUGAGUGAGCCCUGUAUGUUCCUCGAUGCUGUUUGUUACUUACAGGCAGUAAGUCUAAUGUGAUGCCCAUCCAGGGUUAUAACCUGCAGUCGACUAAUAUAGCUCCCACUGGUUAUUUCUCCUCUGGGAAUGACAUUGAUAAUCAUAGGAUCUGAAUUUUAUACCCUCUAAUUGAUAUAUGAAAGUAAACAAGAAUGAUAGCUACCGUGCCUGAAAAUUAUGCCUAUCCAAAGAAUUAAAGUCAAUAAAAAUUAAUGCAGGCAGAUGGGCUCAUGUCAUUGAAAUUCUGCUCACUUUUACUGUCUGCCUUUGGCAUUCCCAUCAUCUGUUUGUCGCUGCCCUUCAGCUACCAGAUGAAAAUAGAUAAAUGGAGAACUCCAUCUUUUAAUUCCAGGUGAUUGAAAAGUUUUUCAUCAAAGUAACUCUGGGUUAGAGGAAGUCUUGGAGAAGGAGGAAAAUUAGCUUUUUUUUUGCCCUUGACACAUCCCAUAAUAGAUAAUUUUUCACAAUUUAUUCAUGUACACUUACUGUAUAUUUUAUCAGUGCAUUUAGUUCACACACUUUCUAUAUCUGAAUCCAUCCUGACGCUAAAUUAAUGAGCUUUUCUGCUGGAAUUUACUACCAGCUGCUGUAAGGGUGAGAUAUCUCAGGAUUGCCCAAAAAUCCAUACAUUUUACUGAAACUUAACAGUGUGAGAUGGAUUUAAUAAAAUCAAUACAAUAUCAAAGACUGUAUAUUUGUAGUGCACAGCAUCAUAAAACGCAAAAAUAAAGUAACUGUUGUGUAAAGGCAUUUUUAAAUACUCUUAAGAAGUUGUAUUUCCCAAUUUUUGUCAAGCAAAGUAACUGUACUUCUAUGAUAUCCAUAUCACUGAAGCAUACUUCUAUUUAUAGACUGGCAUGCUAUCCUGAGAAUAUAAACAGAGAUGAACUAGUUCAAUGGAGCAGCAUUUAAGUAAUAUUUAUGUGUUUCAAAUUUUUUAAUACUUAACAAGAUAAAACCACACAUGCAGAUAAUCAGUAGGCUAAAUAGAGAUGCCACUAAUACUUGAUUGGUGGACACACUGCUCCUUAUAGCAGGCAUUUCAGGCCCACGCAUGUUAAGACAAUAUCUAAGUCUUGCAUGAUAGUAUUUGAGCUGAUUCACCUCAGCUGAUGUUGUCUGUAGGUGGCCCAAUUAGCACAUGUGACCAUUUUUUUGUGAAAGCCUGUAUACCUUUUAAAGCUGUAAAUGAAGAACUGAAGAGUUUUGAGCUGGACACCACGAAUGAUUACAAACCCCAAAUUGAUAAAAGGACUCAGAAUGAACAGGUUUCUGGAGAGUGAGACAGUAGUGAGACUCGGAUCCAGCCAAUUGACAUGUGGGUGUAUGGAUCCAAUUGACUGUGUGAAGGAUUGACAUUGGACAUCCUUCAGGAAAUCUUUGUUGGCAGGUGUAGAUUUUUCAAAAAGGCAAUGCAUUACAUAUAUGUUUUUUGUUUGUUUUUUUAGCAGAAAUUACCAGAAAGGAAUUUGGUAUUUGACCAAGGAUGUAAAGAUGUAAUAAUAACACAUGCAAUCCUGGCACAGAUAAUGCUUAUGUCUGAGUCCUACUUUAAUCUCACAGAGCCUUUACAACACUAUUACAUUAAACAGAUGAAGCACUUGACACCAAAGGUGCUGCUGUUUAUUACAAUAAUUUAAGUUAAGUACAGGUGACAAGAUCUAGUUCCAGAGGAGGGAAAUGAAGAAAUAAAAGACAACAGCUGUAAAUGCCAAGAAGGAGGACAAAGACUGACCUCUUUGAAGCUACCUGUGGGGGGAACAGAUGGGAGGGGGCGCUGACAUUUCACGAGACUGCAACACAGAGAUGUUUUACACACAAACGAGCGGCUGUGUCUAAUACAGCUCCUCUCCCUUUAUCUCUCUCACACACUCCAAAAACACACCAGAAACAUAUGUGCUGACCAUUGUGUUAAAGUGGUGAUUUGAACCGGCACUCUAAAAGCACCCAAAGCUAAAAUUGAGCAGCAGUUACUACAAAAAAGGGACAUUUUGUCUGGCAUUGUUAAACGCACCAUUGACUAAAUCCAGCAGUCACUAAUAAGCAUCUGUUUAUUAAAAGCUAUCAUCAGGCCUUAGUAAUUGUCCUUGGUGUUGGUGAUGGCUGUUGCCAGUGUGUAACUUCCUGAUGUCAAAUCCUGCCUGUUGGGAACAAAAUAGUGGUAAACUGUAUGUGAGGGAAUAAAUCACAGCUGUGUUUUUGAAACAAGUCGCUAAAGUAGAUUUUUUUCUCUGGUAUUUAAACUCAUUUAUCAAAAUUUGCUGCAUUCCUCAAGGAUGACUGAGGAUAAAUGAUGGUUACCUCAGUUUUCCCUAGAAAAAUCAAGUGUUUGAGUGAGUUUUCUUCACUUCUGUAAGAGUGAUGUCCACCAUAGUCUGUUCAAAAAAGUGUUGCUGAAGGAUGUUUUCUGUAUUGUUUGACCUACAGAAUAUCAGGAACAGUAAUUAUCAAGCUUUGUUAAACACUUUAUUUCAAGUAAUACCCUUUUGAAACAGUCUGUUAUUUCACAAUAGCAAGGUGUCACCAGGGACAACUUUCAGAUCAAAUCCAUCCAGUGCAAUUCACAACCGCUUAUUGACACUGUGACAAAAACAUUAGUUCCUGAAAGCAUUGUAAAUUGCAAAACUUCACGGUGGAUAACUUCACUAUUUAUAGAGAUUACAAAACUUGAGAUUCCUGAUUAUUUACUAGCAGAGAAAAGAAAAAGAGAGGAGGUAAACAGCACAGAAACAGUGAGACACUGUCUCAACACUUUCAAGAAGCGGAGCCAUGCAAAAGAAGCCAUAUAGAGAUCUGCUUGCAAGGAUUUUGACCAACAAUCCAGCAAAUCAUGUUGGACUUACAUAUCAGGAAUGAUUGCAAUUCUCUGUGACACCAUUAUAUUGGCAAGGUAGAUAAGGAUGAUGAUGCAUUUAAGUUAUAAAGUAAUUGAAGCGGAAAAGCUUCCUUGAUAUUCCUGCAGUGAUGGUUCAGAGUACUACAUAAUUAGCAUGAUAAAUGAAACUAUUUUGACUGACUCUAGUGUGUGACUCAUUUCUGUUUUUGCUUGCAUUGAAAAAAACGCAAGAACCAUGUCUCACACGUCCCCCUCCGGACUUUGUGUAAUCUCGCGUUCCGCUCUUCCCUUGAAGGGCUCAAUAAGCAGUUAUUGAUCGCUGUAAUAAGAUUAUCUCACUCAUAAGCCCCUGAUCACCUUGAUUGUCUUGUCCAGUUGAAAGUUCCAAGUCUUAUAACCCCUCUAGAGUAACACACAAAGGAGCACAACUGCAGCACAAGCUCAACUUAGCAUGAAAACACUUGAAAGAAUGAAAACUUUCCACCUAAGAGCCGAACAGCAUCCAGUACUUUAAGAUUUGGACAUAUGUUCUACAAUUGUGUUACUUAAAUUCCAGAAUUUGACAUUCUAAAUAUAGGAACAUAAAUUGUCUCAGUGACGGCAACUUUUUAACAAGGCAACAGUGGAUGGGGCUUCUGAAAUGCUAGAAACGAGGGUUUCCAAAGACCCCAUUCUGCGAUAAGUAAAGAACUUUUUGUGCUGUAAACCUUGCAUUACUACUACAAAGGCUCUCUCUUCGGUGUUAUCUGUGCUAAUAUAUGGAUUCAGCAGGAAGGUGCUGUAGGUAAAGGCAGUGAUCUGUGCAGAGGACAAAGUGACCUGCUUGGGUGUAUAAUAUGCACAGAGGUGGGAUGACACUCACCCUUUUGUGAGAAACAAAACGUUGCAUUCAUAAGACUGAUCAUUCAGCCACUCGCCUGCCAAAUUAAUCAAGUUGCAUAGCGGUGUGCCGCAUGUCCGUCCUUAUCAGAACAGUGAAUGGCUCCAGCUUGUGUUCUGGACAAAAUCAGUCUGUCAUUGGACAAACGUUUCAUGGUCCCACCGAGUUCACUGAAGCCUUUUGUCAUUAACUUAAUUCUCAUUUCUUGUACCCCUCUCCUCCCCUUUCAAGGUUGUUUUCCCAGCACACAUAGAGUAAAGUGCUACAACCGUGUGACUUUGACUGUGCUCUCUUAUUUUGCUCUGCUGCUUUGAAUUAAAGUCUUGAUAAAUAACAUAACUGCUACCUGACAUUUAGGAUGAAUGUUGUUUGAUUUGGAGCUUUUGUGUGAGAAACCAUCACAAGCUGUGAGCUGUUUUCUUGUUUGGAAACAGCUCCUCAAGGCCUUCGAUUCUGCUUUUUUAUCUUUCUGAAAAGGGCAAAAUCUUUCAUUGUGACCCGUGGUGGCCCAGCAGCUUAAAUCUGAUGGUUUUGUUGCUGCUGGUUUGAUGUUUAAUAGUAGAGAUGUAACAACAAGCUAACACUGGCCCUCAGAUUUAAAGUUUAGAAAUCAAAACUGUAAAGAGGAAAAUCAAUAAGCUGAUCAAUCUCAGUUUUUCUCUCACACACACACAUGUACAAAAUAACUAGGGGCGGGAGAAAAAAAUCGAUACAGCAUAGUAUUGCGAUAUAUUGUCUGGUGAUAUAUUGUAUCGUCUCAUUUACCAAGUAUUGAUUUUUCAAAUUAAUUGCUAAUAUUAAGUCAAAUUUAUGAUAAUGGAAAAAUAAAAUUAACUGUUUGUCCAGUGAGGUUGGCAGAGGUGACAUCAUAGAGCAGAAAGUUAGUACAACAAAUACAUAUAAGGUUAGCAAGAUGUGCUACAUGAAAAUAAAAUACUGUGUAAAUGAGACAAAAAUAAAGGAAAGCCAAGUGCAAAAUUAGCUGAACAGUUUAAAAAAUUAUUGUGUCGCAAUACUCACUGUAUUGCAAAAUGCGAAAAAUCAUAAUAAUAUCGUAUCAUUGCUCAAAUAUCGUGAUAAUAUCGUCUCGUGGGGCCACUAGUGAUUCCCACCCUUCACCAAAACCCUUCUACUCAAAAGUAGUUAGCUGAUGAUGUGCUGUUUAUCCUUGGGAGUAGUGCAAAGCAUGCUGGGUAGGUAGCCAAUGCAAACAUGGUUGUCCAGCACUGUAGCUUGGUUCUUUGCAGGUGAGGUUUAGCUGCUUGUGAGUCAGCUAACAAUUGAAGGUAACAGGACCCAGCACAUCGCAGCAGAUACAUGUUUAUAGUUUUUAUUUUUGCACCUCAUAAACAGCACUGGUAAUACACUUGUAUGUAAUUGUGUGCACAUGCAGUGCUGUCUUUAUUCGACUUCACUUAAGUGCAAAGGAAGGACAGAUAAUGAGGCUGAUGGUCACAAGCGCCUGAUGUGCCUCAUAAUCUGAAGUACAAUUAGAUCUUAAUGCGGCACACUUAAGCUCAUCACAAAUCCAAUACCAAUCAGUGAUGUCCUUGGCACUAAAACGGCGGCCUGUUUGGAUAUUGAUCAGACACGGCGUGGCUGAUGAAAGUGUGGCACUAGUUGUUUUACUAUAUUGAUUAGUGGGGAACAAAAGAAGCUGUUUUCUGUCCAUCCUAGAGAAAGACAUGGAGUUGCUUGUGGGCAGUAACUUAAACAGCACUUUUGUUUCGGUUACUAAACCUCUGGGAGACGUAUCGCGUAAAAACAGAUUGAAAUUAACAGCGAUGCCUUUUUACGACCUACAAAACUGAACAAGACCUUUAAUCAACCAGGCUGACAACUUCAGUGUUGUAAUUUUAAAAGCCUGUAAUCACUGUGUCAGAUCACACAACUUAUAUCACGCUGCAGAAACAGCUUCUUUUUCUCUUUUCCACAACAGAUCUUUAAAAAAAGGGAUGUUUUCCUGUUAAAAAAAGAAAUCAGGUUUAGACUUCAUUUUUAUUUAGAAAAACACUUCUGAAGGCUGUGUUUACUGACAGAAUUAAUUCUCCUUCCAUUUGUUGUGAAUUAUUGAAAGUAGUGCAUUCCUUUUUAGGGCAACAUCUGGGUCUGAGUGGCCCCCUCUAGUGCCUGUAUUGCUUUACGUUUGUUCUAACACAAAGAACGCACAGAAGUAUGAUGACUGGCAUUCACACCGUCUAAAACAUACGGAUACAUUUCUGUUAGUUAGGGGAACACAAACGAGCCCAUACACAAGUUCAGGACAAAAUAAACAAAAAUGUAAAAACAAGGUUCUGCUUUGUCCACAGGGGGCGCGAAAGUAACGUCCCCAGAAUACUGAUGGCUUUGAAAUCAUUGACUAAUAACACUGCCGAGCUCUUUUAAUACUUUUUUUUUUACUUUUAGUUUGUUUUAAUUUUGACUAGAUAAUUUUCUUUAAUUUUGUUAAAUUUUCUUUAUUUUGUUAGAUACUGGCAGCAUUUCUAGUUCGUAAAAACAAAAAUGUGUAUUUUCAGCAAUUUUAAUUUCUUGAAUAACAAUCAUCAACCCUUUUGUAAGAUGGUUAGGUUUGUGUUCUUUUGUGAGAUUAAGAUGGUCAUCUUACUUCAUUGAGUUUUCUGUAUCUUUAGCACCAUCAGAAAUGUAUCCUUUGUUUUUUAAAUCAGUGUUACUUUUGAGUUUAACUCAAUUAUGUAAUUAAUUUUAGUUAUGUAUGGAUUCUAAUAUUAUUUUAGAGCAUUUUUUAAUUUCUAUAUGUGGGCAGUUAGCUAUGUUUUAUUAACCUGUCAUCUGUGUUUGAUGUUACAGCAACUGAUGAGAGAGCGUCAGCAGAUGGCCAGCCGUCCAUUUGCCUCAGUCGCUGUUGCACUGGAUGCCAGGGGAGAGCAAACAGAGCUGCUGCAGCAUGUGGUCGAUGUGAGUCCUCUUCUGCUUAUUUGCUUAAAAAAAAAAAACAAACAAACACACACACACCCAAAUAAAAAAAACACCCAAACAAUAUAUGAGCUCGAGUUCAACCACAGCUGCAUUUCUUGACCAUCUUUCAACUGUAGUGUACUAUUCACAAAUUCUGCCAUCAGUUGUUUUGAGUUAAAGCAAUAACUGUAUAAUGCCUUGAAUCUGCAUUUCAGUCCUUAUGCACUGCAGUUUUGUCCUUUUUGCACCAGCAUCUGUUACAAUCGGGCUUAAAAAUGCUCCUCAGACAUACAGAACAUCACGCAGCUGGGUUGUGUCACAUAAGUGGACCUUAUUGAGCUCUUUUCAACCAGCUCAUGCCCUCUACUCGCAAUUGUGUGCCAGCUCUUCACCCACUCCCAACAUCAAUAGGUAAUCUGUCACUGAUGGGCCUUCUCCACAUGUCCCUCAUCUUUAUAUGAAUGAAUCUGCACUCCUGCAGACCUGCUGACUUUUUUUUUGUUGUACGUUAAAGAGAACACUGUUUUUCAUGACAGUGAUGUUCUGGAGACGUUUUUUUUCUUCUUUAAAUAAUCGUUAAAAUAUUAACUGCUCUUUUUUGUUGUUGUUGUAAUUUGCAAGUGUAUUGUACUGCUUUCCAAUAGUGUGUGAUUGUUGAUUAAUUCAUCAUCGUACCUUGCACAUUCACAUGCUCACUGCUACUUCACCUCUUUAUUCCUCUAAUGUGAUCACCUCCACACAAAGAGAGAAGAAGUGCGGCUCUGAGCACACUCUACGUCUCAAUGCCACCUGGGAUAAGAGCGUAACUUAAAGCAAUAUUGGGAGCUACGUUCUCAAAUUGACGUGGAAAGACCAGCAGUGUUUCCUCUGCUGGGGCUGUCUCUGUGUCACCUACCGCUGAGAGAAAUAAAAUCACUGUGGCAACCAGUGAAGAGGCUCUACAUUAGCUAUUAGUGCAGCGCUGAGUGCCACUCACUGUGCAUUAUGGUAUCGUGAAGGGCGAUGUAAAGAACAAAACACUGCUUCUUAGCUCCCUGAGUGCACUUUAUUGUUGCACUUUUAAAGCGGUGAGGUUCAGCUUGAAUCUGAAAAGGACCUGAAACUACUGCUUUGCCAUGAUUUAAUUAAACUGUUCAACGCAUGCUUGUGAAUUGGAGGUAUUUUUCAUCUAUUAUUCAAUCAUUUAUCCCAGCCCUCCCUUUACUGUGCAAAAAAACACGCACGGUGGUGCGGUGUAAGUGCUGCAUUAAAGAAGAGAAUUUGAAUCCACUGGAGAGUGUGUCUGUUCAAAAUGGCCCAAGCUGUUUUGAAAUGAUAACUAGGAAGAAACACAUCCUUAGGCUUCUGCAUCUUGACCCUUUCAAGAUGCAGAAUGAACCUUUGAAUGCUACACUUUCAAUUUCACCUAGACGUCCACACUGCUCUGAAGGCGUUUCAGGAAGAGAGUUAUUUUUAGUUAUGAAACACACGGCAUGUCGUUUUUUGGACAUAAACGAUAUCCAUGCUUUCUUGUAAAUCAUAAGAAACGUGUGUCUUAAUCUCACUUACCACCAACCAGGAAUGUAUGUAACACAAGGUUUAGGCUGCUGGUGGAUUUUGCUGUGUGACACUGAAGCUCAGUGAUCCAUGUUUUAAGGCCUUCAAAGAGUCUGACAUAAACCAAGUCUAGAUGUAAGGUGCCAAAAUCAACGCAAACUUAUAUGCAAAGCAAAGGAUCAUAUAACAUUCCCUGAAGAGAAAUUCAUCAGGGAUAAAGUGGUGAUAGAGCAAGCAGGACCCGUGAAACCUAAAAUCCUCAAGUUAACUAUCAGUGGGCCGUGCAGCAUGUAAGGGAUCAGAUUAUCCGGCUGUGUGGACCCCGUAUAAAGGUUUGUGUUUCCAGGUCAACCUGAUCCCACGUGUCAAAUCAAUCCACUGAAAGUCAAGCAGAUUUCACCCCUGCCUGUUAGCAAAUCAUUACUUUUUUAUAUGCCUCCAAAAUAGGCAAACAACAUAGAGAAUAUUGAAUUUACCUAUCAUUUAGGCAUCGCUUUGGCAGCCUGACAGCCCAUUACCACAAGUCAUUUCCCACUCUUUCUUCCAGUUUUGUACUCUAUCCAAUGUCCUGUCCUCUAAAGAAAGGCGUAAAAACCCCAAAAUACACUUAAAAGAUCAUCUCUAGUGUAAACAUCGCUCUGAAAUAACUGUCAGAUCUGAAAUAUAAGUCGCACAGAUAUAUCUUUUCAUUCAACCCACCACUUUGAGUAGUUUAUGGACUUGAUUCUUGAACCAUUUCCUCAAAUGAGCUACCUCAUGUUAUAUUGUUUAUGUAACAUGAAUUUCUGUGAAUAAUUUAAGGAUUUUUUUUAUAUUCCAAUAUUCCUCGCCAGCUUUUCAAACAUAACUUUGCAACAGGGAAGUAAUCUGUUUAGUUUCAAAUGUGCAAAUGCAUAUUUUGGACCACAUACAGCUCUAUCGCAUUGGCACCAGCUGAAGGUGAACCAUAUGAAUGAAACCAGCCUAAUUUUCUCUCACAGAGGUUAAUUGUUUAGCAUCUGGAACCACUUAGUCGGUGGAAAUAGUUGUUGAUGUCAAAGAGGACACUCAUGCCAAUUUGUCUCACCAGCACUGUUUGUGCCUUUCCUUUGGACCGACCAAAUCAAAAUCACAUAGAUGAUGAAUACCGUGUAAAAAUGUGAUCCAAGUGUCUGGAGCAUUGCAGGGUUAUUUGGAGGUCCUUUUUUGUGAGAGCUGAUUACCCAGGAAAUACAACUCAGAAGCACCCAAAUGACCCCUCGCACCUUUUCCAACACAUGAAAACAUUUCGGACUUUGCACUGUGAUUGUCAGCACUGAUCUCACUGCAUUAUUUAGUACCAGCAAGUGUUACUGAGUCUUUGCAGACCCUCCAGCUGGUCUGAGAGCGAAUGAAAAUAGCCUUUGGUACCCAUUUUCUCUGUUUUUGGACAGUUUGAACCUCCCAAGAGAAAGACUUUGCUUUUAGUGACCAGGAUGUCAGCAGCUGUUUAACAGAGAGCCAAAUAGGGCGCGGACACUGCAAGCCCAGGCUUCGAUGUCGCAGAUGUCUCUAUUGAAUAUGGCCGACAUUCAACAUAUGGAACCACUAACGGACAGCUAGUGUGAUUGAUGACACCUGUCAGAAGGGGGGAAAGGAGAGCAGAUACAUUGUGUGUGUUUACGUGUGUGUUUAUAUGCAUGGCUGGUUAUGAAUGACCGCACCACCGCCCUUGAUUAAUGCAUAGAAGAAAUUCAGACAGGGUAGACUUUGUAUUUGGAAGAUAUGAAAAUGGACACCGCAAUUUUAAAAAGCUUUGAUAGAAAAGGCAACCCUGUGAUUGAAAUGAAAUGAAAUGAUUUAUUAAUAUUUUCAUUUCCUCUGCUCCGAUGGAAUACUUCCGUUAUCCCAGAUUAAUAUAGGAAUUUGAUUUUACAGAGAAAAUGAGAAAGGGGUGAGAAGAAAGACGAUUGUUUCACUUCCUCGCAAAGACAAAUGUUUAAUUUGGUGUGCUAUUAGCAAAAACCUACACAGGGCAGUAAGCACACUGGCUUAUUCUUGCAUGAAAAAUGUUGCAUGAAAGUUUAUCAUCAGAUGAUUUGCCAGAUGACAUAUGGUUUAGUAAUAUACUGAGAGAGAAAGGAUGUCUAUGUUUUAUACACAGCUGUGCUUUAGCAACAUAUAAACCAGAAUUCAAGCUCGUACUAAUUUCUUUGGAACAGCUGUAUGACUAUUUCUCUGAGGGCGGCAUGUAUGUAACACAGAUUGUUGUUUGUUCAUAACAUCAAAGUAGGUUAAAUUCUUCCUCUUGUUUGUUUGUGGCUUACACAGAUGCUAAUUAGUAGAAUUACACGUGUGUUCAUGAAACGGCUGGCACUUUAAUCACUCGUGUUUGUUUGCCAGGAGUAGAUUGAAUAUGUGCUUUGCUGUCCUGAAUGACCUGGAAAAAAAUGCGAUUUGAAAUACAGUAAAUUAAUGAAAUAAAUUUUAUUGCGAUUUAUACAAUUUUUUCAACUGUUUAGCUAAUUCAUCAUUUGGCUCUCCUUUAUGUUUGUCUUAUGUACCUUUUUUUUUUCAUGUAGCACAUCAACCUUAUGUUUGUUUGCCAUACUAACUUUCUCCUGAUCCAUGAUGCCACCUCUGCCAUCCUCACUGGACAAACUGUUAAUUUUAUUUUUCCAUUAUCAUAGAUUUGACUUCAUAUCAGCAAUUAAUUUGAAAAAUCAAUACUUAAUAAAUGAGACGAUACAAUAUAUCACCAGACAAAAUAUUGCAAUGCUAUGCUCUAUCACGAUUCAUUUUUUUCUCCCACCCUCCCUUUAGUCUGUAACAGGGCUGCUGGAUAAACUUUUAUGCAACUUAAAACCUCUUCAAAUCCAAAAAACUUUUCAUUCUUUGAAAAAACUAUGAGUAGAAGAAAAAAAAAACACUUUUAUCUUUAUUGUUUACUGUUAGUCUAACUUGAUAACAUUACUAUUAUUACAUUAUUAUUAUAUGUUUUAGCACUAAAAGGGACUAUGUUUCAACUCUUCACUUUUAGCGAUUCGACUCAACUUUGAUGAUGAUACUUAAUGAAUUCAGUGCAAGAUUUCACUUGUAAAGUGUAUUUACACAGGCUGCAGAUCUAACAUGUCAUUAGGCAGUUAGCGUUCAGUCUUGAUAAUUGUGUUUUUUACGAGUGUAAGGUAGCCAUCAUCUUAAUAGAAACUUGAUUAAUGCCAUGUAUGUACUGUCUGACCUGUGUGUUUGAAAGUCAAUCUCAGCCUCUUCAUGUCAGCGUAUGUCUGUAAAAGUUUAGAGUAAUUCAUACCUGUAUAUGAAGUGUAAUUGUAGCUUAUAGAUGAUUCAUGCACUUCACUCGUCAUUACUGGAGGAUAAAAAUGGAACAGACAGUGAGAGUUUCAUCAAAAUUAGACUUUCUAACCUGUAAAAUCUUUUACCUUUUUAAAACUUCCUCUCCAAAACAAUUCAACUACUAAUUAGCAAUAUUAGUUAAAAACUUUUAUAUUUGAUAUACUUUGUAGUUAUCCUCUGGUCCAUGGUUUCUGCCCCUACCUUGUCCUGGUUUCAUUUUUCAUCAACUGUACUUUAAAUAAUAAUUGGAAACUAUUCGGAAAAGUUGGGACUGUUGAGAAACAAGAAAAACAAGUCCACUCCCAAGUAAUGAAGGCUUUUAAAAAUGGUUUACACCGCCUUUAACCAAUUAAAUCUCAUUACUGUUAUAAUAAAUCAAUAAAUAAUUUGCAUUACACUGCUUUUAAAUAUUUACGUUCCUAUUUUUCUUUGAAAAUAUUAAUCUAUUAUCUGAAAAGUAUAAGAAGUAUCAAUGCUCAAGUGUAACAGGAGAGGACUAGGUGAUAAACGACCAUUAGCAGCUGAGCUCAUGUUCAGCACACUCACUGGUCUCUAGAGUUGCUUUUCUUUGACUUCUCAUCCAGGUACUUUUCUUUUGCUUUCACAAUAGUCCCAUCUUGUUCAGCGUGUGGUUGGUUUAUAAGGUGCUCAUUACUAAGUCCCUGAUUUCGUCAGCUUUUACACACUUUCCAGUCACCUAGUAACUAGAAUACACACUGUAGUUGUAAGCUGUGACAUUUGAAAUGUCAAAUGUAAUCGGCAGUUCAAUAAAAAAAUGACACUUUAUGAUUCACAGAAAACAAAUUUGCACUUAUUUUUAAUAAAGCACUGCACAUUGACUUUUUUUAGUUAUUUCAAAAGGUUGUUUUUUUACAGCUUAAAUGUCUAUGUACUUUUCACAAUCUGUAUUUAUCAUACAUGACACAUUAAACAUGUUCGAAUCGAGAUCACUUAUUUUAGAGUCAAAUCUCGAUGGCAACACGAAAAUUAGCAUCAGUGUUUGAAGUAAACAACUAUAUCCAUGAGAAAUUACACUUCCCAGCCCUGGUUCCCUCAUAUUUUAAUGCAUUGUUUGUGAAUACUUGUUUUUACCAUUUUGCUUCUGCUGUCACUUCUAUCUCCAUUUUAAAUCCAGCCAGACACAAAGAAAAUAAAGCCAAUUCUAUUCAGACAUGUUAUUAUUCCCCAAUUUCUAUCCCCUCAUCCACAAACAUGCUGUGAAACCCUCGACAUUCAUUAUCGGGAUGACAUGUUUUUCACGCCUCAGACAAGCAGUUUUGGCCAUUAACUCAGAGGGCAGGUCAUUGCCUCUACACACACACACAGACUUUCUAUCUGACAGGGACAAAUACAAGUGUUUUUGCCAUGUUACACCAAUCAAAGCAAGUGUCUCGGGAGGAGGGCGUCCCCGUUGUUCGAGAAGUUCAUACCAGUUACUGUUGUUCUGCUGCUUCUCUACAUAAAAAAACACAUGCACCUUUUCAGAAAACAAGUAUAGAAACUUUAAAGCUUGUUUUAGUCAUAAACAGUUAAUAAAAUGUUUCUUUCUUGCGCUCCAACUUGAAACAACAUUAAAAAACGCAUAUUUUCCUUCCUCUCAGGGUGCACCAAAACCUGUUGCCAUGGAGCCGUGUUCAGGAGGGAAAGCCGCUGUACUGACUGUCCUUAUGCGACUGCCCUCUGGGCCAUCAGGCUUACCUCCACCAGGACAGUCAGGUAACACAUACUCACAUGUACCCCUCAGUAGUGGCUUCAGAAACCAAACUCAACCAUCUAGAAAUAGUCCUCACAGUCUUAUAUGGUGGCGUCAGUCGUAUUGUCAAUCUGUGUCAAACUUUUUUUGUGGUCCUAUUCAUCAUGUAGAAUCAAAUGGUAGCCAGUCAGGAAGCUGGAUGAUGGCUGGAGAAGGGAGCGCAACAGUAGUGCAGUAUCUACCCCCUUGACUCUGCAAAUCUCUCACAUCUUUGUAACCUAUACUGUUAGCCAAUGCUUAGAGAAGAUCACGGGGAAAACUUCAGAACAACACACAGUCUCAUGAAAACCAAAGUGAAAAGUGAAAGUGUGUCAAAAUUGCGGAAAACUCCAAUUUUUUUCUCCAGCUGCUGAUUUUAGCACCGAAUUUGUGCCCCAUUUCCCCGCAGACAAAAUAAAUCUCAAUUUUCAGUAGCUGCAAAUAAUUCUACCUGAAAUUGGCUCUUUGUGUGUUUGAAAAUAUUUCACACACCUGUAAUAUCAAUUUGAUUUCUAACCAUGGAAAACGAUUUGUGGAAAUUGCCAGUUUUUCCAACAACACUCUCACUUUUUUUUCCUGCUCUCUACAGGAAUCAUCGUUGCCAGCGCACUCAUAGACAUUUCACAGCAAAAACCAACAGAUUUUAAGGACAAGUCGCAGGCUCUGAAGAACCGAAAAGCCCUCCCUCCAGCACACCAAGGCACCUGCGUCUGA